GCUGCAGCCGAGUCAGCUGGAGAACUACAGCUCCCAGGGUUGCAAGAGCCAAGAGAGAGAGAGGAAGAGAAAUUGGGUAGCUCUUCCAGGCUUGGUGCAAGGAAGGGAAAAAAAGGGGGAUCCUGUUUAGUUGCAUUUCUUUGCAAAAAAUUAAGGGGUUUGCGCCGGGAGGGAAAAUGAACGUGGUCUUUGCAGUCAAGCAGUACAUCGCGAAGAUGAUCGAGGAAAGCGGGACAGGCAUGAAGGUGCUUCUGAUGGACAAAGAGACGGUGAGCUCGGAAAGAGGGAGGGAGGAACGCAGGAACGCGCCAGGUACCCUUGCUGCAUCCAGACCAGUGUUGCCAGCACGGGCUGGCAGCAGCAGCGGCUCUCCAGGGGUUUCAGGGCAGGGGUAGUUCCCAGCCCUUCAGGGAUGGAGCCGGGGAUAUGCCAAACGGGGCAUGCCAAACGGGGGCUCUCUGGCACUCAGAUCCAGCCCGUCCCCUAAAACUAAAACCAAGAUUUCAGUCCUCAUGGGGGUUCUAAAUGGACUGAUUUGAACAGGGGAGAGGGUGGAGGUGCCGUGUACUGAGAUCAUUGGCCCAUGGGGGCUCAGUGAUGUCUACACUGACUGGCAGGGGCUGGCCAGAGUCUCAGGGAGGAGAUGCCACUGGAAUUCGAACCCGGGACCGCCUGGACGGAAUUCAGGGUGACAGGCAGUGAGGUGGCAAAGUUCUCCGGUGAUUCUGUGUUGCAGCUGUUGGUUGGGGCUUUGCUAAAAGUGAUGUCUGCAGGCUUGCAACACUUACGGUAUACGGCCUCGGUCCUGUAUACCUGAAGGAGAGUCUCCACCUCCAUCGUCCAGCCUGGACACUGAGGUCCAGCUCUGAGGGCCUUCUGGCAGUUCCCUUGCUGCGAGAAGUGAGAUUACAGUGAACCAGACAGAGGGCCUUCUCGGUGGUGGCACCCGCCCUGUGGAACGCCCUCCCAGCAGAUGUCAAAGAGAUAAACAACUAUUUUACUUUUAAAAGACAACUGAAGGCGGCCCUGUUUAGGGAAGUCUUUAAUGUCUGAUGCUGUAUUGUUUUAAUAUUUGGUUGGAAGCCACCCAGUGUGGCUGGGGAAACCCAACCAGAUGGGCGGGGUAUAAAUAAUACAUUAUUAUUAUUAUUAUUAUUGUUGUUGUUGUUGUUGUUGUCAUUAUUGUUGUUGUUGUUGUUGUUGUUAUUUAGCUGAUUUCCAGCACUGACCUCUUGUGUUUCCUCAUUUCAAUUGUGCAAAAUGUGUGGGGGAUCUUUCUUUCCCCUGAAUGUUAGACUUGAUGGCCUUUGUGAGGGGUGGUCCCUUGUAACUCCGCAGUUUUGUGAAUCGGAGACUCCCUGCUCUAAUGGACCGCACCCCCUCCUUUGUGUCUCCAUGGCCCCCUAGGUGGUGCUGGACUCCAACUCCCAGCAAGCCUGACAUGAUGGGAGUUCGAGUCCUGCAACAUCAGAGUCCUUCAGUAGAAGACCCUUCUCUUAAUAAUAAUAAUAAUUUAUUAUUUUACCCCACCCAUCUGGCUGGAUUUCCCCAGCCACUCUGAGCAGCUUCCAACAAAAGAUUAAAAUGCAAUAAUUCACUAAAUAUUAAAAGCUUCCCUAAACAGGGCUUCCUCCAGAUGUCUUCUAAAAGUCAAAUAGUUGUUUAUUUCCUUGACAUCUGAUGGGAGGGCGUUCCACAGGGCGGGUGCCACUACCGAGAAGGCCCUCUGCCUGGUUCCCUGUAACUUUGCUUCUCGCAGUGAGGGAGCCGCCAGAAGGCCCUCAGCGCUGGACCUCAGUGUCCGGGCAGAAUGAUGGGGGUGGAGACGCUCCUUCAAUCCCGCCACCCUCCCAGACCCACUUGGUGGGGACAAGGGAGAGGGCCUUCUCGGUGGUGGCUCCCCACAGACAACUUUGGAGCUCCCUCCCUGGAGAAGCCAGACUGGCUCCCUCCUUGCUGUUCUUUGACCAGCAGGUAAAGACUGUUCAGUAUUGGGAAAUAAUCCAUAAGGAAUUGGAAAAAAAAAUCCAAUUUAAAAAUCCAAUUUAAAUUUUAAAAAAUCCGAUUUUUUAAUUAUUAUUAUUUUUUAAUCAUUGAUUUUUAUCUACCCUUCCCGCAGACCAGUAUCGUGAGCAUGGUGUACACGCAGUCUGAGAUCCUGCAAAAGGAGGUGUACCUCUUUGAGCGCAUCGAUUCAGCGAAUCGGGAGAACAUGAAGCACCUGAAGGCCAUCUGCUUCUUGAGACCCACCAAGGUGAGACAGGGCAAAAGGGAGCCUGUGCCAGAGGUGGGGAAACAUCUGGGAGAGCCAUCCAGAUGUUUUGGGCUCACCUCUCCCCAUUAGCCUUCAGGUCCCUGGAGCUUGCAUAUUUAUUGAUUUCAAACCAGAGUGGAUUUGGUUUAAACCACUAGUCAGUAAGACUUGAUUUAGAUCAUUUUUUUUUUUUACAGAAAGACUCAUUCUUGCAGGUAUAAUCUUAAUAUUCACAACCAGAUGAAGGUUUCGUUUUUUGAAUAAUAAAUUUUCAGAGUAGUUUUUACGGUUCUAUCAGAAAUUACUGACUUGGUUAUGCUAUUAGAAAUACAUUGACAGAUAAUUAUGAAAUUAUUGUGAGGUUUAAUAAGUGAACUGUUUAUAUUUGGACAACUUUCCUGCUGUACUUUAUUGGAAGAAGAAAAAUAAUCACUUCCUUAAUAAGAAUUUAUUUAACUAAAGCAAUAACGUUAUAGCAUAUGUGUCCAUGUUUGUUAACUGAUGUGGUUAAACGAUUAAAACAAACAAACUUGGAUUGAGUUUUAGCAUACAUGAAAAACUUAAACCCUCAUUUCCUGUUGAAUAGCCUUUGGACUAUAAUGUAACUUAAAUAGAAAACUAUCUUUAGAAAGAUUUUUUUCUCCAAAAGCAUUUUAUUUAAAAAUCCAGUUUAAAUCCAAAAAAAUCUGAUUUUUUGAUAUAUAUAUAUUUUAAAAAACAUUGAUUUUUAUCCACCCUGUUUCAAACCCUAAAGGUGGGCGACGACAACCAAAUAUAUAGCUAUAUAAAACAACUUGAAAAUUACCAGGAGUGAGAUGAAAUACUUUGCUUUCUGUAACUGGUUUAAUGACUUGAUUUCUCGCCUCACUGUGGUUUCUGGAUGGGUUGUCCUUUCAGGAAAACGUGGAUUACCUCAUCCAGGAGCUGCGACGUCCGAAAUACAGCACCUAUUUUAUUUGUAAGUACGGAAAGCCUCUCGGUGUGUUGCAUUUUCCUGGCAGCACGGCGUAGUGGUUAGAGCUGGACCUGGGAGAGACUCGAGUUCAAAUCUCCCCACUUGGCCAUGAAGUUCUCUUGGGGCAGUCCCUGCCAUCUCUCAGCCUAACCUGCCUCACAGGGCUGUUGUGGCGAUUGCAUGAGAAGUGGGGGAGCAUCACCCUGAGCUGCUUGCAGAAGAAGGUGUCCUAGAAAUGCAAAAAAUAAAAAAUAAAUUCUCCCCUAACAUGUUUCAUCAUAAUAAUAAUAAUAAUUAUUUGUACCCCGCCCAUCUGGCUGAGUUUCCCCAGCCACUCUGGGCGGCUUCCAGCAGAAUAUUAAAAUACAGCGGUACCUCGGGUUACAUACGCUUCAGGUUACAGACUCCGCUAACCCAGAAAUAGUGCUUCAGGUUAAGAACUUUGCUUCAGGAUGAGAACAGAAAUCGUUCUCCGGCGGUGUGGCGGCAGCGGGAGGCCCCAUUAGCUAAAGUGGUGCUUCAGGUUAAGAACAGUUUCAGGUUCAGAACAGACCUCCGGAACGAAUUAAGUACUUAACCCGAGGUUUUUGUUGUUGUUUAGUUGUUUAGUUGUGUCCGACUCUUCGUGACCCCCUGGACCAGAGCAUGCCAGGCCCUCCUGUCUUCCGCUGCCUCCCGCAGUUUGGUCAAACUCAUGCUGGUAGCUUCCAGAACACUGUCCCACCAUCUCGUCCUCUGUUGUCCCCUUCUCCUCGUGCCCUCCAUCUUUCCCAACAUCAGGGUCUUUUCCAGGGAGUCUUCUCUUCUCAUGAGGUGGCCAAAGUCUUGGCGCCUCAGCUUCAGGAUCUGAGCACUCAGGGCUGAUUUCCUUCAGAAUGGAGAGGUUUGAUCUUCUUGCAGUCCAUGGGACUCUCAAGAGUCUCCUCCAGCACCAUAAUUCAAAAGCAUCCAUUCUUCGGUGAUCAGCCUUCUUUAUGGUCCAGCUCUCACUUCCAUACAUCACUACUGGGAAAACCAGAGCUUUAGAGAUACGGACAUUUGUUGGCAAGGUGAUGUCAGGUUAAGAAUAGUUUCAGGUUAAGUACAGACCUCCGGAACAAAUUAAGUACUUAACCCGAGGUACCACUGUACAAUGAUUCAUCAAGUGCUUCUUUUUUAUGCAUGUGUUAGCUGCCUUUGACCUCUCCUUUGAGAGAACGGCACAUCUUUUAAGAAUAAGCGGUUCUCAUUGAUAGCUGCAUUAACCACAAACCUUCGGUUAUUUGGGGAUGGCGUGAGCUGACCCAAACAGGCCUCUAGAGGUCGUCCUCGGCUUACGCAAUCGCCCCGAUGGAGCAGAACAGCUGCUUUGGUUUGCAGCCUAAGGCUGAUUUUGCCCCUGCUCCUGGAAGACUUUGAUGGGGAGAAAGUCAAGAGUGGAUAGGGCCCAUGGACUAUAUGGAACUUGCUGAACUGACUGGGAGACUCCGAGACCAGAGAGAAGAGGCGGUGGAAGAAGGUUGGAAGAAGUUUAAAGAAUAUCUGAAAAAACAUGUUAAUAUUUAAAUCUUAGAAUAGCUUUGGAAGUGGAUACAGGAUGUGGGGUUAGAAGUAGAAGACAGUGUAUUUUAAAACAGUAUUAUUUGUAAAGGAUAAUAUGUGAAGAUUAUUAUGGUAAAAGUAAGUGUGUUAAAAAAUGGUUAAAAAUUAUGAUAUAUGUAAACUGCUAAAGAUGAGGUAAAAUGAAAAUCAGAUAGGGGAGACUUGGGGAAGCUCACCUAACAAUGUUUAGAAAAAAUAAGGAUAAGACAAGAAUUUGUUUGUACAGUGGUACCUCAGGUUAAGUACUUAAUUCGUUCCGGAGGUCCGUUCUUAACCUGAAACUGUUCUUAACCUGAAGCACCACUUUAGCUAAUGGGGCCUCCCGCUGCCACUGCUGCAAUUUCUGUUCUCAUCCUGAAGCAAAGUUCUUAACCCGAGGUACUAUUUCUGGGUCAGCAGAGUCUGUAACCUGAAGCAUAUGUAACCUGAAGCGUAUGUAACCCGAGGUACCACUGUAUUGUUUGUUUUUCUGUUUGUGUUGUUUAUUUGCGUUAUAAAAUGAAUUUUAAAAAUGGGGGGGGGGAGAGUGGUUAGGGCCCACCGUGGAACAGACCCACCUCCCACCCAGCGACCAUUGCUUCCCCCUUCUGUCUCUCGCUUAUCCUGCUGCCUUUCUCUCCCUGCCUCCUUCCAGAUUUCAGCAACGUCAUCAGCAAGAGCAACGUCAAGUCUCUGGCCGAGGCGGACGAGCAGGAAGUUGUGGCAGAAGUCCAGGUAUGUCUACGGUCAACGAGCCACAAGUCCAGGAAGUCUCUUGGCUUCCUUUUUUUAAAAAAAAUAUUUCUACUUUUCAGGUUUAUACAUUCCACUAAUUUUAGAAUCAUAUCGACAUUUCUAAACUUGGCUUCCUUCCCCCUCUUUCUGCGGCUCCUUAAAUUUAUUUUUAACAUCUUCUGCAUAUCCACAUUAACUUAAUUUUCUUUAAAUAUAUACAGUUGGACCUUGGGUCCCGAACGCCUUGCGAGUUGAACGUUUUCGCUCCCAAACAUUGCAGAAUCGGAAGUGUGUGUUCUGGUUUGCAAACAUUCUUUUGGAACCUGAACGUCUGAUGCAGUUUACGUGGCUUCUGAUUGGCUGCAGGAGCUUCCUGCAGCCAAUCAGAAUCCGCACCUUGGUUUCCUAAAGUUUCGGAAGUCAAACGGACUUCUGGAACGGAUUCCGUUUGACUUUCGAGGUGCUACUGUACUCUUAUGAAAUUGCAUGUUAUUACAAUAAUCUUGUCAAUGAUCUUAUCUGUUUACAAUUUAACUGUAAAUAAUUCCGUAAACUGUUUCCAUUCUUUUACAAAAAAAAGUUAUGUUGAUUUCUUAUUCUUCCAGUAAGUUUCAUCGUUUCUGCAUAUUCCAUCAGUUUUUGUAUCUCUGGGCUUCCUUUUUGAGGAAAGGCUCCCUGCUGAAUGAGGGAAUUAAAUUUACGGCCUGUAGUGCAUUAAAAGAAAAUACUAUGAAAAUGAUGUAUAGGUGGUAUUUAACACCAACUAAAUUGGCUGAAAUGUGUAAGAUGAAAAAAAAGGAAUGUUGGAAAUGUAAAGAAAAAGAAGGAAAUCUCUAUCACGUGCUGGACUUGUAGCAAAGUAAAAACCUUCUGGGAUUUGAUUAGUAAUGAAUUAAAGAAAAUGUACAAAAGUACAUUUGUUAAAAAACCAGAAGCAUUUUUACUGGGUAUAGUAGGGGAGAGAGAAACCAAAAAUGGAAGCAACAGGAACUACCAACAAUUGAAGAGUGGCAGAUGAAGAAGAUGGAAUAUACAGAACUGGCGAAGCUGACCGGGGAAAUCCAAAACCUGUGUGAUCAAGCUUUCCAAAAAGACUGGGGUAAAUUUAUGCAGUAUUUAAAGGACAAUUGUAAACAAUCAACAACACUAGCAGGAUUGAAUGAAGACGACAUGCAAUGUUGAUGACCCUACCUAUUUACAUUUUCCUUAAAAAUGGACAAUGGGAAUUGUAUAAUGUAAAGAGGAAGAAGUAUAAAUGCGAGGACAUUAUAAACAAUUAUGGUAACCAUGAGACUUGGGUGGUGGGCGGGAGUCAAGUACCUCAUAUGAGCAAAAAUAGGGUGAAAAAUGAGGAAGUGGUUGUAUACUGUAAAAUGGAAAACUUAAUAAAAUAUUAUAAAAAAAAGAAAGUAUCCCUGCUGCUUUGGAGAUGUAGAGGCGGACUGGGGCUGUUGCAGUAUAAUUUGGUGCAACGAUCUAAUGCAGUCCCCCAGGCCCUUAAGCUUCUCCCCUUGCCCAACUCUUCAUGAUGCAUGAGGCAAGCAAUCCUAUUCUCCUCGAAUAUAAUAAUAAUAAUAAUAAUAAUAAUAAUAAUAAUAAUUUAUUAUUUAUCCCCCGCCCAUCUGGCUGAGUUUCCCCAGCCACUCUAGGCGGCUUUCGACAAAAUAUUAAAAUACAGUAAUACAUCAAACAUUAAAAGCUUCCCUUCAGAUGUCUUCUAAAAGUCUGGUAGUUGUUGUUCUCUUUGACAUCUGCUGGGAGGGCGUUCCACAGGGCGGGUGCCACUACCAAGAAGGCCCUCUGCCUGGUUCCCUGUAACUUGCCUUCUCGCAGUGAGGGAACCGCCAGAAGGCCCUCGGUGCUGGACCUCAGUGUCCGGGCAGAACGAUGGGGGUGGAGAUGCUCCUUCGGUAUACUGGGCUGAGGCCAUUUAGGACUUUAAAGGUCGGCACCAACACUUUGAAUUGUGCUUGGAAACGUCCUGGGAGCCAGUGUAGGUCUUUCAAGAUUGGCGGCCGCACCCACUCACCAGUUUAGCUGCCGCAGUGACAAACCCUGCCCCUGCUUUAUACCCAAGCUCGCUUUGCCACACGUUGACCCUGGUCCUGGUCACUGGAGUUAAAUAGCUUCUUGGGCAUUGCUAUGACACUGAGUCUCUCCUGCUUCUCGCCUGGCAGGAAUUCUACGGAGACUACAUCGCCGUGAACCCGCACGUGUUCUCUCUCAACAUCUCUGUCUGCUGUCAGGUAGGUGGCGUGAGAGGAAUCCCGGUAAAUUCCAGGCCUCCUCACAACUCUCAGCACCAGUUCCCAGGAUUCUUCAGGGGAAGCUGUGGCCGUCCAAAGGGGUGUGAUAACUGUGUCGAAUGUCUGGAGGCUUCAAAAGUCACCUAGCAGCAGACUAAGCAAGAUGUUUUGUCAUAGGAGAGCCAUCUCGUCAUGGGUUCAUCGCAGGGGGUUGGACCAGAUGACCCCCGGAGUCCCUUCCGACGCAGGUGGCGCUGUGGUCUAAACCACUGAGCCUCUUGGGCUUGCCGAUCAGAAGGUCGGCAGUUUGAAUCACCAUGACGGUGGUGAGCUCCUGUUGCUCUGUCCCAGCUCCUGCCAACCUAGCAGUUAGAAAGCACACCAGUGCAAGUAGAUAAAUAGGUACUGCUCUGGCGGGAAGGUAAAUGGCGUUUCUGUGUACUCUGGUUUCUGUCAUGGUGUCCCGUUGCGCCAGAAGCGGUUUAAUCAUGCUGGGCACAUGACCCAGAAAAGCUGUCUGUGGACAAACACUGGCUCCCUCAGCCUGAAAGCGAGAUGAGUGCCGCAACCCCAUAGUCACCUUUGACUGGACUGAACUGUCCAGGGGUCCUUUACCUUUACCUCUACGAUUUUGUAGCUGCUCCUGGGGCAUCACCUAAGCAGGCUGCUGGCUGCUUUCGUUGCGUAUUUUUAUGUCGUAUUUUUAUGUCGUGAACUUCCCCUGUUAACGGAGAAAUCUGAGGGCUCCCUUGGACAAAAAACAAGGACACCAGCCAGGAAUACCAGAGCAAAACAGCAGCCUAUAGGCUUGGUCUUUAUUGAAGACUGUCGCGACAGGACUCCCACCUGCCAGAAGGUGCAACAAGAUGGAAGCCCCGAAUAAAGAGCCCCCAAACUUUUAUUAGCUGCUAAUCCCCAUGUUAGGGGACGCGGGUGGCGCUGUGGGUUAAACCACAGAGCCUAGGACUUGCUGAUUACAAGGUCAGCGGUUCAAAUCCCCGCGAUGGGGUGAGCUCCCGUUGCUCGGUCCCUGCUCCUGCCUACCUAGCAGUUCGAAAGCACGUCAAGUGCAAGUAGAUAAAUAGGUACCACUCCGGCGGGAAGGUAAACGGCGUUUCCGUGCGCUGCUCUGGUUCGCCAGAAGCGGCUUAGUCAUGCUGGCCACAUGACCCGGAAGCUGUACGCCGGCUCCCUCGGCCAGUAAAGUGAGAUGAGCGCCGCAACCCCAGAGUUGGCCAUGACUGGACCUAAUGGUCAGGCAUUCCUUUACCUAAUCCCCAUGUUACACCCCCCCAAACUACAUCAAUAAGACAUCAUGAAGAUCACGGGGUGUUAACGGAACAUCAGGUGGCAGUGUGCAAAUGUAAUAAAUGAAAUAAAACCAAACAGGCCUUGCUCGGCUCUCAUUGAUCUCUUCGCCAUAUUUUUUUAGGGCCACAGCUGGGACCAGGCUCAGCUCUCCAGGACCACCCAAGGCUUGACCGCUCUGCUCCUGUCCCUGAAGAAAUGCCCCAUGAUCCGCUACCAGCUCUCUUCUGAACCAGCCAAGAGGCUGGCAGAGUGCGUCAAGGUUCGUUCUUAUUUAGUAAAAGUAUUUGUAUGACACUGCCUAAUGAAUUAUUUUUUAAAGAGAACAUCAGGGCAGUUCUCAACAAAGUGCAUGUGAUAAAUCGUAAAGCACCCUUUGCCUUUUCCACAAGUCUCUCAAGAAAUUAGGGAUAAGUAACAUCUAAUUUGGGACGCGGGUGGCGCUGUGGGUUAAACCACAGAGCCUAGGGCUUGCUGAUCAGAAGGUCGGCGGUUCGAAUCCCCGCGACGGGGUGAGCUCCCGUUGCUCAGUCCCUGCUCCUGCCAACCUAGCAGUUUGAAAAAACGGCAAAGUGCAAGUAGAUAAAUAGGUACCACUCCGGCGGGAAGGUAAACGGCGUUUCUGUGUGCUGCUCUGGUUCACCAGAAGCAGCUUCGUCAUGCUGGCCACAUGACCCGGAAGCUGUUAUUUUGUACAUUUUGCCAGUAAAGCAAAAUGAGCGCCGCGACCCCAGAGUCGUCCGCAACUGGACAUAACGGUCAGGGGUCCCUUCACCUUUACCUUUAACAUCUAAUUCAGAGCUUUCCAAACUCUGUGUCGCGACAUGUUUUGUGUGUCGGAAGCAGUGGGCAGGUGUGUUGGGUCACACAAACGCUCCCAGCCCUCCUCCCGGGGCUGGAAAUGGGUUAGUUUAACCUCUGGUUUGCUAGUAAAAUUGAAUUACCGUGUCACAAAGUGAUGCAUGUCUAAAAUGUGUGUCACCGAGCUGAAAAGUUUGGAAAGCCCUGAUCUAAUUGGUUGGAAAUGUUUCUUGAUGUAACACAGAGCUUUUUAUUCUUAGCAAUCCUUGUGCCUCUGGAGGUCUCUCAGCUCUUGUGUUUCUCUGUAUCUUGCAAGUCACGAGCGCCACACUUUUUGCUCUCUCGUUUCUUAGGACGGCACCUUGCACUUACCUGUCUGUAUCUUAUUGGAAAUAUCUGGAUAACCAGCUUUAUCAUUUCUUCUGUUGACUAUAUGAUCCCGUGCCAACCUUGGUUCAGUUCGGUUUCGUUUUUAUGGGCUUGUCUCAUGACGUUCUAUUUUGUUAUUUGGGUUAUGUAUUAAAACGAAAACACUUUUAUUUGAAUUUGGGGCCCAUCUAGCUUAGUAUUGCCUACACUGACUGGCAGCAGUAGCUUUCUAGAUUUCAGGCAGGGGCCUAACUGCAGAUGCCCCUGGAGACUGAACCUGCAAGACAAGCAAUUGCUCUCCCACUGAGCCAAAAAAGUCACAGGCAAGUCUUUUUUGCCUUCCAGUGUCGGGGUAGAAAAACUAAGUUUGCAAUCCCUGUGCAGAGGACCUUUUUACACCUUAACUACCUGGCUAGCCUAUUCCUUUCCUCCUCUCCAAACAGCAAGUGAUCACGAAAGAGUAUGAGCUUUUUGACUUCCGUCGCACCGAAGUCCCUCCGUUGUUGCUGCUUCUGGACCGCUCGGAUGACGCCAUCACUCCGCUCCUGAACCAGGUGAGAGCCUCUCUGUUGCCUUGAAGCUGUCUUUAAAUGGGAAUCUGUGGAGCCUUCUACCUGGGAGGAGGUGGUGUUGGAAGCCGGAGAGGUAACAGAUCUUAGCGAGCGGAGAGUCUGUGGCAGAGAGCAGUCCAGAGGAGAGAGGCCAAGAGGCAGAGAUGAGACGCACAGGUGUCUCCCCCAUCCUGCUGCAGCAAGCUCCCCUCCCGCCUGGGCUCCCAGGACCAGGAGAGACAUGAAACGGGAGGAGCAAAGGCAGGUGUGAUGGCAGAGUCUCAGAUUGCUUGGGAAAACCUCCAGAGAGGAUGGAACUUAGUCCCCACAACUGCCUCAUAGGCAGGGCCAUCUUUUUUAUAUAUAUUUUUAUUGAACAGUUUUAACAAACAAAUUAUCAAUCAAUAUAACCAUUUACAUUCCCCCCCCUUUCUAUCCCCUCCCCCCAGGACUUCCCUCAGCUCCUCUCUGGUUUCUUUGCACAUAUUAUCCUCUGCAUAUUGUAAAAUUGUACAUAUCAUUGCCUUAUUUAUCAUAUAGGCAGGGCCGUCUUUACCCAGGGGUGCAAGGGGUGCGGGGCAUCCGGGCGCUGAAUUCUGGGGGGCACCUGGUGCCCGCCGCUGAAGCCGCCGAAGCUCUUAUCUACCUGUUAUGAAAUAAAUAAUUUUGAUCAAGCUAGAAAAACAAAAUACAUAUAUACCUAGACAUUACCGAAAUGUAUACCUACUGUUUCACUAAAGGGCUUUCGACUUUGUGCGCUUAUUUACCAAAGACGCGCUGCGCCAGCGGCGGCGCUUGUCAUUUACAACGGUGGCACUUCUCAGACUCAACGAUGGCGCUUGUCAUUCUCAACGGUGCCGUGCACGCAAAAUUAUCUAAAUUUGGGGACGCUGGGCGGAUCUUUGCACCCCGGCGGCACAUAUGGUAAAGACGGCCCUGCUCAUAGGGGCAAGACCUACGAAGAAGGGUUGGCACUCCCGAGCACACCUUGUUUCUUCUGAUAAAGUGUUUGCCUAUUCGGUGUGAUUUAUUGCUGACCCACCCCAACACUAUACCAAGCGCCACUGGUCCAUCUAGGUCAGCGUUGCCUACACUGGCUGGCAGUGUCAUGGUCCGGUUCACGGGCGAUCGAAGUCCCGGCUGGGGACGUCAGGACCAGGGGGAAGAUGGCGGGGUGGGAACAGGAACAGGGGUCCAGAAGCCAGGAGUCGGGAAGCCAAGAGUCCGAGGGUCAGAGAGCUGGGAGUCACGAAGUCAGGGGUCUGAGGAUCAAGAAGCAAGGAGUCACGAAGUCAGGGGUCCGAGGAUCAGGAAGUGAGGAGUCACGAAGUCAGGGGUCCGAGGAUCAAGAAGCAAGGAGUCACGAAGUCAGGGGUCCGAGGAUCAGGAAGUGAGGAGUCACGAAGUCAGGGGUCCGAGGAUCAAGAAGCAAGGAGUCACGAAGUCAGGGGUCCAAGGAUCAAGAAGCAAGGGGUCCGAGGAUCAAGAAGCAAGGAGUCACGAAGUCAGGGGUCCGAGGAUCAGGAAGCGAGGAGUCACGAAGUCAGGGGUCCGAGGAUCAGGAAGCGAGGAGUCACGAAGUCAGGGGUCCGAGGGUCAGGAAGCGAGGAGUCACAAAGUCAGGGGUCCGAGGAUCAGGAAGCGAGGAGUCAAACACAACAAGGCAGGGAACGUGUUGCUGUGGCAAAGAGCCGAAGGGAAAUGCUGACCUUAUAUCCCUUCCCGGCUCUUGCCACCAGGUGCUGUGAGUUACCAACUGGCCUCACCUGUGCGGCCGCGCCUUGCCUCUUCAGAACAAACUUAGGAAGGCCCCAGUCCUGGUCACAGGGCCUGGCUCCUGCACGCACACCUGACAGGCAGCAGCUCUCUGGGGUUUCAGAUGGAGAUGUUUAGAGAUGCCUGCGAAAGUCCCAAUGAUCCUUUUCCUAAGUUUUGGAACUUUUCUUGCUUCUGCUUACUCUUCUGACUCUCUUUUCCUCUCUGCGUAGUGGACAUAUCAGGCAAUGGUCCACGAACUGCUUGGGAUUAACAACAACCGCAUCGAUCUCUCGCGAGUCCCGGGCAUAAGUAAGGACCUCCGGGAGGUGGUCUUGUCGGCCGAGAACGAUGAGUUUUACGCCAACGUAAGUCUUUUGGAAGGUACCUUUUAUCACAUGUGGUGGUCAUGUAGGGUAAUAGAGGCUUUCUGGGAAAUGAUAUAUAACGAACUGAAAAAAAUGUUUUAAAUAACUUUUGUUAAAAAAAACCACAGAAGCCUUUUUGUUAGGAAUUAUAGGUACUGAUAUCCCAAAGGAACAGAAAAGACUAUGUAUGUGACAACAGCAGCAUAAAUGCUAUUAGCCCAGAGAUGGAAGGAAGAAACAGUCCCUAGUAGAGAGGAAUGGCAAACCAAGCUGUUAAGACUAUGCCGAAAUAGCAAAACUGACCGGAAAGCUCAGGAACCAAGAAGACAAGAAAUUCAAUAAAAAAGGGGGGGGGAUUAUAAUUUAUUUAGGAGACCACUGUAAGCAGAUGAAAACAUUAGCAGGAUUUUAAUCUCACUUGUAAUGGAGCAAAUACUACUGACAAUAUGGAUACAGUGGUACCUUGGUUCUCAAACUCCUUGGUACUCAAGCAACUUGGAACCCAAACACUGCAAAGCCGGAAGUAAGUGUUCCACUUUGCGAACUUUUUUCGGAAGCCAAACGUGCUCCAUUUUGAGUGCCACACUUCUGUUUUCAGUGUUACUCUGAGGUCUGUCUGUUCUUGGUAUUUAUUUUUGUUUUUGCGGCUGUUUUGUUUUUGUGACUGUGUGCGACCCAGUCCAGUUACUGAUUGAUUGUGUGACUGCAGUACAUUGUCUGUUGCUUUCAUUUUAUGACUCAACGGUCUCGUUAGAUAGUAAAAUUCAUGUUAAAUUGUUGUUUUGGGGGUUGUUUUUAAAAGUCUGGAACGGAUUAACCCACUGUGCAUUACUUUCUAUGGGAAAGCGCACCUUGGUUUUGGAACGCUUUGGUUUUGGAACGGACUUCCGGAACGGGUUAAGUUUGAGGACCAAGGUACCACUGUAGAUAUAAAAUAUAGAUUAUGAAAUAAUAUGCAGUUGAAAAUCUUGACAAUAGGACUCAUGGAGGUGAUGGGGGAGAAGUCCCAGGAUUCAGAGUAAUCUCUUUAAAUGGAUGUGUAUUUGGUAUGGUUAUAAAUUUAUAUUUGUAAAAUAAAAUACAAACCAUUUAAAAAAAAAAACAGUCUUUUGGGGACCGCUCUGUAGGAUGCUGAACGAGAUGCUGGGGCCCCCUGACAUUUUCUUCGAUCCACUGCUUUUUCUCAUUUGCAGAACAUGUACCUAAACUUUGCGGAAAUCGGAAGCAACAUCAAGAACCUGAUGGAAGACUUCCAGCGGAGGAAGCCUAAGGAGCAGCAGAAGCUGGAAUCCAUCGCAGACAUGAAGGUAGCUUGGAAUAAUAAUAAUUAAUAAAUAAAUAAAUAAAUAAAUAAAUAAAUAAAUAAAAUUUUAUUUCUAUCCCACCCUCCCCAGCCGAAAUCUGGCUCAGAGCGGCUAACAACAAUAAAAUAAUACAGCAUUCUAGGGAAGGCCAUCAGCAAACACUUGCCCACCAGGAGCAGGGAGCUUGCAAGACUUUUGGUCCGGGGGGAAUGGCAGACCAAGUUAAUGGAAUACGCAGAAAUGGCGAGACUGAUGGGAAAGAUCAGAAACCAGGAAGCUCAAGUAUUCUUAAAAGAUUGGAGUAACUUUUUAUAAUAUACUUAAAAGACCCUGUAGGCAGUUAAAAUCAUUGGCAGGGAUACAAUGACACUUGUAAUGUGAAAUGGUAACUACGAUUAUACAACAGAUGGAUAACGGUAAAAAAUGCAGAAAAAAGAAUUUUUAUUAUUAAUUUUUGGAAAUGGAACCCAUGAAGGGAGGGGAGGAGGUCCGAAGGUUUCAAAAGAACCUUUUUAUUUUUAUGUUUUGGAAUGAUUAAAAUUAUUGCGUAUAAAUUCAUGUAAAAUCAAUAAAAAAUUAAUUAAAAAAAAACAGUUUUGGACUGGGACCUGGAGGAGACCUGGGUUCAAAUCCCCACGCAGCUGUGAAGCUUGACUUGGGGCCAAUCAUUGCCUUUUAGCGUGGGUAGGCAAACUAAGGCCCGGGGGCCGGAUCCUGCCCAAUCGGCUUCUAAAUCCAGCCCACAGACGAUCUGGGAAUCAGCGUGUUUUUACAUGAGUAGAAUGUGUCCUUUUAUUUAAAAUGCAUCUCUGGGUUAUUUGUGGGGCAUAGGAAUUCGUUCAUAUAUUUUUUAAAAAAAUAUAGUCCGGUCCCCCACAAGGUCUGAGGGACAGUGGACCGGCCCAGCUUAAAAAGUUUACUGAUCCCUGCCUUUUAGCCUGAUCCAGUGGCGUAGCGUGGGGGGUGCAGGGGGGCCGGCCGCACCGGGCGCAACAUCUGGGGGGGCGCGCUCGCACUCGCAGCUCUCUGCUCGAGUGCUAAAAUCCACGGGUUAGGGGGCGCAAAUUACUUGCCUUGCCCCGGGUGCUGACAACCCACGCUACGCCACUGGCCUGAUCUACCUCAAAGGGUUCUUAGCAGGAUAAAACAGGGAGAACUUUGGGCGCCACCUUCAGCUGCGUUGAGGAAACGUGAUUCAGCAGCCGGGCUCUGAGGUGUCCUCUCCCCUUCCUCUCCAUCCUUCAGGCCUUUGUGGAGAACUACCCUCAGUUCAAGAAGAUGUCCGGCACCGUUUCCAAGCACGUCACGGUGGUGGGGGAGCUGUCCCGGCUGGUGAGCGAGAGGAACUUGCUGGAGACUUCGGAGGUGGAGCAGGAGCUGGCCUGCCAGAACGAUCACUCCAGCGCUUUGCAGGUACCCCAAGCCCUGAGCCUGGAGCCAUCUCCAAACCCAUAAAUAAAUAAACCCCUCUUGGUGCGCUGUAUGUUAAAAUAAACUGUGCCAUGGAAGUAGAAGCAUUAGAAGGCAUGCAAUCAAAGGGCCCAAAGCAUAUUUUCCCAGCCUGGCUCAGGGAUGUUUACAUCAUACUACUACUACUACUAAUAAUAAUAAUAAUUUAUUAUUUGUACCCCACCCAUCUGGCUGGGUUUCCCCAGCCACUCUAGGCGGCUUCCAACAAAGAUUAAAAAUACAUUAAAUGUCACACAUUAAAAGCUUCCCUGAACAGGACUGCCUUCAGAUGUCUUCUAAAUGUCAGGUAGUUGUUUAUCUCUUUGACAUCUGGUGGGAGGGCGUUCCACAGGGCGGGCACCACCACCGAGAAGGCCCUCUGCCUGGUUCCCUGUAGCUUUGCUUCUCGCAGGGAGGGAACCACCAGAAGGCCCUCAGUGCUGGACCUCAGUGUCUGGGCAGAACGAUGGGAGUGGAGACGCUCCUUCAGGUAUACUGGGCCGAGGCCGUUUAGGGCUUUCAAGGUCAGCACCAACACUUUGAAUUGUGCUCGGAAAUGUACUGGGAGCCAAUGUAGGUCUUUCAAGACCGGUGUUAUGUGGUCUCGGUGGCUGCUCCCAGUCCCCAGUCUAGCUGCCGCAUUCUGGAUUAAUUGCAGUUUCCGGGUCACCUUCAAAGGUAGACCCAUGUAGAGCGCAUUGCAGUAGUCCAAGCGGGAGAUAACUAGAGCAGCAACAGAUUUGGUUUGGUUCGUAGGCCCAAAACCAAACCCUGACUUCGGAUCAUGGCUUGUUGGCAGAAAGCAAAGCACAGUUCUAGGCUCGCUUCACAAUUCCAAACGAAACAAACCACGGUUUAGUGUUCCGUGUGAACCAGACAUGUUCGUGUGUUUCUGUUUACGUCUAAAUCUUCCAGUCUUUCAGCCUCCAAUAAUGUUGGAAGUGCUUUUGGGGAUAUCUAACCUGCUUUUCAGUUGACGGGUGCAUUCUCAGCUUUCAAAAGCUCAGAAAUGACCAGGACUAAAAAGCGAAAAGAAGAAAUUAUUGGGGUUCCGUUCUGCGUUCUUAAAGGUUCUCCUUCUCUGGAUCCUACACUCCACCCUCUACUCUAAAUCCUGGGAUCUUUCAGAGAGAUGCUGCUUUUAUAUAAAGAAUUUCUUUGGGGCAGUGGAGAUACUUUCUAAUUUUAUUUCGGGGGGAAAGCUUCACAAGGAAUCCUCUGUCUGCCUCCGGAGCUUAGAUGGGACGUCUGUUUCCUCCGUAGCCCAUAGAAUUCAUAGACUGACCCCGCCAGCUGACACCACAUCAGUGUGGAUGAAUUAGGCUUGUCGGCUGUUAACAAUGCAGCCCUUUUUAUGAGGGAUCUUCCGGCGCCUCCGGGGGCCUAGAUGGGCAGGGAGGUCAAAGGUCAAAAUGGGUGGGUUUAGAUGCUGUCAGGGCAGAAACUUCUGUGUGGAUCUCAGCUUCCGACCACAGGGAAACUCUCUUUUCUGAAUUUUAAGCCGCAAUUCUCAAGCUGCUUUGGGGCUCAGAAAUGCCUCCAUAGAUAAGACGGAGGAAUGUCCUUGGCAGUGGGGGGAAAAGUGCAUUCUGCACGAACUCAGAGGCAGCCUUCUGCAAGAAGGCUCCCAAGCCAGCCCUCCCGAUUCAGCGGGAGAUCUUUGCGUCAAGAAAAGGCUUGGACUUAAGAGUACCCUGAGCCUGUGAUGUUGUUUAUUUAAUUGUUUAGUCGUGUCCGACUCUUCGUGACCCUAUGGACCAGAGCACGCCAGGCUCUCCUGUCUUCCACUGCCUCCCGCAGUUUGGUCAAACUCAUGCUGGUAGCUUCAAGAACACUGUCCCACCAUCUCGUCCUCUGUCGCCCCCUUCUCCUUGUGCCCUCCAUCUUUCCCAACAUCAGGGUCUUUUCCAGGGAGUCUUCUCUUCUCAUGAGGUGGCCAAAGUACUGGAGCCUCACCUUCAGGAUCUGUCCUUCCAGUGAGCACUCAGGGCUGAUUUCCUUCAGAAUGGAGAGUUUUGAUCUUCUUGCAGUCCAUGGGACUCUCAAGAGUCUCCUCCAGCACCAUAAUUCAAAAGCAUCCAUUCUUCGGUAAUCAGCCUUCUUUAUGGUCCAGCUCUCAUUUCCAUCCACCACUACUGGGAAAACCAUAGCUUUGACUAUACGGACCUUUGUAGGCAAGAUGAUGUCUCUGCUUUUUAAGAUGCUGUCCAGGUUUGUCAUUGCUUUUCUCCCAAGAAGCAGGCGUCUUUUAAUUUCGUGACUGCUGUCACCAUCUGCAGUGAUCACGGAGCCCAAGAAAGUAAAAUCUCUCACUGCCUCCAUUUCUUCCCCUUCUGUUUGCCAGGAGGUGAUGGGACCAGUCGCCAUGAUCUUAGCUUUUUUAACUUUGAGUUUCUGACCAUAUUUUGUACUCUCCUCCACCCCCCAAAUCUGCAGAUGGAAGGCGGUAUACAAAUUUAAUAAAAUAAUAAUAAAUACGGAAUUCAGAUUGUGAUGCAAGCAAAGAUGCAAGGCGGGAAAUGAAACAAGCAAUGAAAUUACAGUUAAAAAUCCAGUCCGUUGCGGCUGCUACAAGAGUUGCUCUCCCAAGUGGCCCGCUGUUCACCGAGACUUGCUGAUUUUCAGGCCAUCUCUGUGGCUGAAAACAUUUGAGAAGCAAGGCCUUUGAUGGCUUUGAAAGGGGAGGAAGCCACCCCAUCAGGAUGGUUUAUGUGGAGCAUUUAAGUCAGCCUUUCCCAACCAAGGCAUCUUCCUGACGUUAGAUCUAAGCCCAUUCAUUUCCAUGCUUAAACUCUGAGCAGAGCUAACACUGGGUUUCAUCCACGUGUUAUCUAGACACAAAUCUGCAGCAUAAUAAUCAUAAUUUAUUAUUUAUAUCCCGCCCAUCUGGCUGGGUUUCCCCAGCCACUCUGGGCGGCUUCCAACUAAAGAUUAAAAAUACAUUAAAACAUCAGUCAUUACUUCCCUAAACAGGGCUGCCUUCAGAUGUUUUCUAAAAGUCAGAUAGUUGUUUAUUUCAUUGGCAUCUGGUGGAAAGGCGUGCCAUAGGGUGGGUGCCACCACCGAAAAGGCCCUCUGCCUGGUUCCCUGUAGCUUGGCUUCUCGCAGUGAGGGAACCACCAGAAGGCCCUCAGAGCUGGACCUCAGUGUCCGGGUAGAACAAUGGGGGUGGAGACACUCCUUCAGGUAUACUGGGCCGAGGCCGUUUAGGGCUUUCAAGGUCAGCACCAACACUUUGAAUUGUGCCUGGAAACGUACUGGGAGCCAAUGUAGGUCUUUCAAGACCAGUGUUAUGUGGUCUCGGCGGCCGCUCCCAGUCCCCAGUCUAGCUGCCGCAUUCUGGAUUAGUUGCAGUUUCCGGGUCACCUUCAAAGGUAGCCCCACGUAGAGCGCAUUGCAGUACAGUGGUACCUCGGGUUAAGAACUUAAUCCAUUCCGGAUUAACCUGAAACUGUUCUUAACCUGAAUUUAGCUAAUGGGGCAUCCCACUGCCGCCACGUGAUUUCUGUUCUCAUCCUGAAGCAAAGUUCUUAACCCGAGGUACUAUUUCUGGGUUAGCAGAGUCUGUAACCUGAAGCAUCUGUAACCCGAGGUACCACUGUAGGCCAAGCGAGAGAUAACCAGAGCAUGCACCACUCUGGCGAGACAGUCUGUGGGCAGGUAGGGUCUCAGCCUGCGUACCAGAUGGAGCUGGUAGACAGGAUGCCCCACCGUCGUCCCCCGCCCCAAAAGCCUCGUCUCUCCUGCUGCAGAACAUCCGCCGGCUCUUGCAGAACCCCAAAGUGAGCGAGCUGGAUGCCACCCGCCUGGUGAUGUUGUAUGCCCUUCACUACGAGAGACACAGUAGCAACAGCCUCCCAGGACUCAUGACAGAGCUGAGGAACCGAGGAGUCUCCGAGAAGCACCGGAAGGUGGGUAGGGGUCCCGAGCCCUCCAGGGGGCGCGGAGAACCUGUCCUUAGGAGCAAAGACUGUGGAGUGGGUCCAUACAUUGUUACGAUACUGCUUCAAACAUGCGUUAUCGCUUUGUUUUUGUUUCAUUGUUUUGCAUUCUCAUUUUGGUUUUAUUAUUUUGUACUUACUUCGGGGGGUUUUUUAUUCUCGUUUUGUUUUGUUUUUUCUUUUUGUUUUUUCAAAAAAAAAAUUAUUAAGUUUUCCACGAUUAUACCACAUAGCCAAACAAAUAACACAAAAAGAAAGAAAGGGGGGAAGGAAUAGAAAAUACACCCCAAAAAAUGAAAACAGUACAAUAAACAUCUUAUCCACCACCAUACAAGAAAUAAACAAUAAGAACAAAAUUAAUCCUUUAAAGAUCCAUGCUUAUUUACAUAUUGGUUGACUUCCUCCAUUCCCUUCCUUCUGAAUUUCCAUGUAUCUAUGUGUAACAGCUUUCCAAUAUCAUUCUUAAACCAAAAUAUUUCCAAUUUUUAUCUAACUUUUUAUCUUAUCUUAUUUUCUUUUUCUUUACGUUUUGUAUUUUCUGUUGUCAACUUCCCUGGAAUCCUUCCGACGAAGGGUGGUCUAGAAACUUGAUUAAUCAUAAUAAUAUUAAGCAUUUGAACGAUUUCUGUGUAGGAUAACAACAAAAAACAAAGUAAAAGGAUAUCAAAUGUCUAAGAAACUUUAGAGUAACAAAAAUAUAACAAAGCUAUUAUUUGUCCUACUGGAAAAUAGCAAUGAGGAAUACACUGGGGUUGACGGGAAGUCAUAGGUAAUAAAACAAGAAUGUAUGAUGAAAUGAACUGUUUAGGAAUGAAUGGAUUUAUUUUUGUGGUUUUUUGAAAUAGCAUACAUGCGAAUCUUUUGUUAUCAUUUAAACACCAUAAAGGCGGGGGGGAGGGGAAAAAAGAAUAAUAAUAAUAAUCAGUGCUUUUUUUCUUUAAAAAAUGUUUAGGGGUACUCUCAUUUUGACUCCAGAAAAUCACCAUUUUAUAGUUCAAAUCGGGGGGAAUAAAUCUAGUAAAUACUACGAAACUGACCAAUUGCCGUGCUAGAUUCCAACUCCUACUUCACACAUUAAACGCUCGCUUCCGUCUGAGACUCGGGAAACACCGUGACAGGAAUUGAGGCUGCCAUCGGGGAUAGCGACGGAACUGUGAUGAUUCACCACGCUAGAGAAGAAACUAAUUUUUUUAGUUUCUUCUCCUGGUGGAUUCACAAAAUGUUUAGGGGUGUGCGUCCCCCUGUGUCCCCCCAGGAAAAAACCAACUGAUAAUAUGUAAUAAUAAUAAUAAUUUAUUAUUUAUACCCUGCCCAUCUGGCUGGGUUUCCCCAGCCACUCUGGGCGGCUUCCAACAAAGGUUAAAAGUACAUUAAAACAUCAGUCGUUAAAAACCUCCCUAAACCUUCAGAUGUCUUCUAAAACGUCAGAUAGUUGUUUCUGACAUCUGAUGGGAGGGCGUUCCACAGGGUGGGCUCCACCACCGAGAAGGCCCUCUGUCUGGUUCCCUGUAACCUCACUUCUAGCAGCGAGGGAACCGCCAGAAGGCCCUCGGAGCUGGACCUCAGUGUCCGGGCUGAACGAUCGGGGUGGAGACACUCCUUCAGAUAUACUGGACCGAGGCCGUUUAGGGCUUUCAAGGUCAGCACCAACACUUUGAAUUGUGCCUGGAAACGUACUGGGAGCCAAUGUAGGUCUUUCAAGACCAGUGUUAGAUAGGCUGUCUCUGAAUCUGGAGGUAUCGGGCCAAAGGAAGCCCAUCCAGUCCAGCCUCCUGUUCUCCCAGUGGCUAAAUACCCCUGAGAACCUAGGAAUCGAGAUAGACUCUGACCCUGGAGGUUUCAUCAGAGCAGAAGAAGAUCCCUGCUGAAUCAGACCUGAAAGUGGGCCCAUCUAGUCUCUUGUAGGUCGUAAUAAUGUUUGUCUAGUUGGCGGCUUCCACGUUUCUGCUGGAUGUGGCUGGUUAAACCAUGGAACGAACUCCCACACAGGACGCAGGGAUGGCCGCUAACCCAGACGGCUCUGAAAGUCAAGGAAUGGACAAAUUCAGGGAGGAGGAAGAGGGCUGUCGAGGGCUCCUAGCCAGCAGAACUGCUCUCCACAGCAAUGCUUUUGAAUCCCAAUUUCUGGAAGCCACAGGAGAGGACUCUUGUUCUUGAAUUCUGCUUGUUGGCUUCCCAUUGGGGCGUCCGGUCAGCCACUGGGAGAACAGGAUCCUGGCCUGGUUGGGUCCGGCAGGCUCUUCUCACACUUUGCUCUUUCUCUCCUGGCUCAGCUGGUGUCGGCUGUCGUAGAAUAUGGAGGGAAGCGUGUUCGUGGGAGCGACCUCUUCAACUCCAAAGAUGCUGUCGCCAUCACCAAACAGUUCCUGAAAGGACUAAAGGUGGGGGCCGUUCUUCCAGAUAACCGUGGUUUUUAUUUUCGCAGCCUCGCUGAGCCCGGAGAGAGCAUUCGCUUUUCCCUCUUGUGUUUCCUUCUUCCAAUAGGGCGUCGAAAACGUCUACACCCAACACCAGCCGUUGCUGCACGAGACUCUCGACCAGCUGAUCAAGGGGAAACUAAAAGACAACCAGUACCCCUACCUUGGCCCCAGCACCCUCCGCGACAGGUAAGGGUGGCAGGCGUGGUCUCUCCUAGCUGGGGAUGCCUCCAGGGGCUGGAUCUGGGACCAUGCAGAAACCAGGUGAUCUAUAGACCACUGAGCUGCUAAAAAAUAAAGUAAGAUUGCAGUCCUGAGGUCCAGUGCCGAGGGCCUUCUGGCAGUUCCCUCGCUGCGAGAAGCCAGGUUACAGGGAACCAGGCAGAGGGCCUUCUCGGUGGUGGCGCCCUCCCUCUGGAAUACCCUCCCAUCAGAUGUUAAGGAAAUUCUGACUUUUAGAAGACAUCUGAAGGCAGCCCUGUUUAGGGAACCCUAACCCUGUUUAGGGAAGCUAUUAAUGACGGACUAUUGUAUUUUAAGGGACGUGGGUGGCGCUGUGGGUUAAACCACAGAGCCCAGGACUUGCCGAUCAGAAGGUCGGCGGUUCGAAUCCCCGCGACGGGGUGAGCUCCCGUUGCUCGGUCCCUGCUCCUGCCAACCUAGCAGUUCGAAAGCCCAUCAAAGUGCAAGUAGAUAAAUAGGUACCACUCUGGCGGGAAGGUAAACGCCGUUUCCGUGCGCUGCUCUGGUUCGCCAGAAGCGAUUUAGUCAUGCUGGCCACAUGACCCGGAAGCUGUACGCCAGCUCCCUCGGCCAGUAAAGUGAGAUGAGCGCCGCAACCCCAGAGUCGUCCGUGACUGGACCUAAUGGUCAGGGGUCCCUUUACGCUUUACCUUAUUGUAUUUUAAUAUUUUGUUGGAAGCCGCCCAGAGUGGCUGGGUAAACCCUACCAGAUGGGUGGGGUAUAAAUAAUAAAUUAUUAUUGCUAUUAUUAUUAUUAUUAUUAUUAUUAUUAUUAUUAUUAUUUAUUAUAUUAUCCUCACAGUUCUGAACCAAGGCCUGGUUCAGAUAGGAGCCGAGGAAGCUGACUUAUAAUGUAAUCAGGCCAUGGUUCCCUCUAGCUCAGUAUGGUCAGCACUGACCGGCAACAGGGGGUUGGACUCGAUGGCCCUUGUGGUCUCUUCCAACUCUAUGAUGCUAUGAUUCUAACAUCUCUUUCCAACUCUGGCAUCUCUCCCACACCUAGAGAUGCUGCCUGCGGGGCUGGAGCCCUUCUCCUGAGCCCUGCCGCUCCCUAAAUCGUUCCGUAACCGUCACAAGACAAGGGCUGAAAUAAGCACCUCGACAGUAUAUUUUUUGUGGCGAACGCCUCCCUACGGCCGAAAGCUUUCUAGCUCUCUGAUUGAAUUGCUGCCUGCUCCCCUGAGCAGCUGGCUUACAAACUGACUUGGCGCUGGUUUUCCUCGUUUGCGACCUGCGCUGUGGUUUUUUUGUUUUGUUUUCUGUACUCUCCACAAACUGCGAUCCCCGUCAGAGUUCAAACGUAAUGGGGGCGGAAGGCUGAUAGGAUUUGCAUUUGUUUAUUUGCAUGAGCCUCGUAAAACUAGCCUCCCCAUCAAAAUUUCAAAGCAGAGGGUCUGCCUGUCUUUUUUCAUUCUGCUUCUCCUAAGCGCCCAUAAGGCACCACCUUCCCUGGCGAGUUGUCACCGUGCAACCUUAUUUCUUUUAUUUCCACAUUCUUCCCUUUAUAUCCCGCCUUCCUUCCAUCAUAGAACCCAAGGCUUCGAGUCGGUCGGCACAGCUGAGAGAUCACCAACUUUGGGCUCUUAGGCCAUCCCAGUUGUUCAUCAUUUUGUUUCUUUAGAUAAGUAACUCAAGAGUGAACCCACUGGGUUCUCUCUCUCUCUUUUUCACUGGGUUCUCUCUCUUUUUAUAUAAAUUUUUAUUAGCUUUACAUAAAAGUUAUACACCAUAAACAUAACAUUUUCACACACUGAAAAAAAAGAAAAAGGUUAUUUCGAACCUUGCGACCUCCUUCCUUCCCUCUAUGGGUUUCCAAUUCUAAAUUUUAUUCCUGCAUCUUUUCCUGUAAUCUAUCUGCUAUAUAAUCAUAGCAUCCACAAGCCACAUUACAAGUGUCAUUGUAUUCCUGCCAGUGAUUUCAGCUGUUUACAGUGAUCUCUCAAAUAUGUUGGAAAGUUAUUCCAGUCUUUUAAAAAUACGUGGUCUUCCUGAAGGAAGGGCUCAGCAUUCUCUGUUCACUAGUGCAAGGGCUUUCAUAUAUAUAUAUAUCAUUUUUAUUUAUUUUCCAUUUAAUAAUAUACACUCACAUCCACUUUACGUCUCUGGCUCUUUAGAGCUUGUCAACUUCCUUCCCUCCCACCUCAUGGCUCUCAGAAUUAACCUUUAUAUCAUUGUGUUUUGUACAUUUUCCCAUUCUAAUUACACACAUUACAAAAUAACUCAAAAUUUAAAUAAAUAUAGAAAGGUAAAGAACUUUUCAUUAUAAGUCUUCAAACAACCCUGCUAGUGAUGUUAAUUGCUUACAGUAAUCUUUCAAAUAUCGUAUGAAUUUACUCCAGUCCUUUUGGAAUACUUGAUCCUUCUGGUUUCGGAUUUUUCCUGUCAGCUUUGCCAGUUCUGUAAAGUCCAUAAUCUUCACCUGCUCCCCUUCUUUCGUCAGUACUUCUUGUUUCCAUUUUUGGGCUAAAAUAAUUAUUGCGGCAGUUGUUGCAUACACUAGUGUGAUGAUACACUAGUGCGAGGGCUUUUGCACCAGCAGGCAGGUGAGUUUUACUGCUGCGCAACGGAGGAAUCCAUUGCCGCAGCUGCGCCAGCGUAAACUCGCCAUGUGACCGAUUGUGUCAUGCAGCGAAGUUGCCAGGGACCUGCUCUUGCGAGUUCUGCUGCGUAGCAAGUUGCCGCGAGUGCAAAAACAUUUCACCAGUAGAACAAGGAUACGGCUUUGUUGUUUAGUCGUGUCCGACUCUUUGUGACCCCCUGAACCAGAGCACGCCAGGCACUCCUGUCUUCCACUGCCUCCCGCAGUUUGGUCAAACUCAUGCUGGUAGCUUCGAGAACACUGUCCAACCAUCUCGUCCUCUGUCAUCCCCUUCUCCUUGCGCCCUCCAUCUUUCCCAACAUCAGGGUCUUUUCCAGGGAGCUUCCUGCAGCCAAUCGGAAGCCGCAGAAGCUGUCUGGCUUCCAAAAAACGUUCACAAACCGGACACUCACUUCCGAGUUUGCGACAUUCAGGAGUCGGUUUGUUCGUCAACCAAAGUGUUCGACUACCAGGGUACCACUGUAUUGGGAUUUUAAAAAGGGGAAAUAAAGCCGGAUAUUUAGUUGGACGGGAAAGAAAUUCACCAGUUUUAUAGAAUUGUAUAGUUGCAAGGGAUCCUGAGAGUCAUUUAGUUCACCCUCCUGCUGUGGAAGAAUCUCAAAUAAAGCAUCCAUGACAGACGGCCAGCCAGCCUCUCACGUUCUGCUACAAGAACAAUAGAAUUGCCAGCAAAACACCUAUAUUGUGAAGUGUCCUGUCUGCCCCAGACAUUUGAUGGGGUAUCGCAACCCAUGUUUUCCCCCAAAGUAACAGACAGGGAACUGCUGUCUGUUAAACUUUGUUGUUGUUGUUGAAGAAUUUCUUUUUAAAAACCAUAUUUUAUUGCGCUUUACUUGUCAAAUUUAAACAUCUGCAUCAUAUAGGAUUCCUUGAAUCCUUUUGACUCCCCUCCACCCUUCCAUGGUUACCUUUUUCAAACUUUUUCUACUGCUUCACUUAUUUUGUCUGUUUUUCUUAUAUAAUCAAUUUUUUCCUUUGUUUUUAAUACAUUACAUACGUUAUUCGAAUCCUGCCAAAGUUUUUAGUUGAUUACAGUGUUCUCUUAGAUUAUAAUUUUUUUCUCAUUCCUUUUUAAAGUUCAUCACUUCCUAGUUUCUGAUUUUCCCAAUCAUUUUUGCCAUUACGGCGUAGUCCAGGGGUCAGCAAACUUUUUCAGCAGGGGGCCGGUCCACUGUCCCUCAGACCUUGUGGGGGGCCGGACUAUAUUUUUGGGGGGGAAUGAAUGAAUUCCUAUUCCCCACAAAUAACCCAGAGGUGCAUUUUAAAUAAAAGGACACAUUCUACUCAUGUAAAAACACGCUGAUUCCCGGACCGUCCACAGGCCGGAUUUAGAAGGCGAUUGGGCCGGAUCUGGCCCCUGGGCCUUAGUUUGCCUACCCAUGGCGUAGUCCAUGAUCUUCACCAGUCAUUCGUCUCUGGUCGGGACUUUAUCUUCUUUCCAUCUCUGGGCCACCCUUUGCCCGUAAAUCUCAGGGUAGUUCACAACAUAAAAUGAACAAUAUAAAAACACACAAAAUACGUACUAAAAUUAAGGGUGCCGAGGGUUGCUGGGAGGGUGGAAGGUUACUGAAACUGAGGUUUGAAGGCAGGGAUGGGGGGGAAAUGAAUCAAUCUGGAUUCCAGACAGGUCUGAUAAAGGAGAAGAUCCCCGCGGAUUAGCCGUGCGUCUCGCUCCUGGAAAAAGCCUGCCUGUCUCAAAAUUUACGACGCCGUCCUUUUCUUAUCUGUCAGACAAACUUGCAGAAAGGGACCUUUCUGUCUGGCUCGGAAGGAGCUGAAACCCGCCAUUAAUAUUUUUCCGGAGGGGCGCUGUGUGUGACCACCCGCCUCCCCUUCCCCACCCAAAGAUAAUUCGGGAACGUUUCCUGGCAGGCCCCAAACGAUCUGUAGUUUGCCUCUUGUGAGCUCAUAACUCCUUUUCCUUGUUGGUAACUGGAGUGAUGAAUGGGCCAUGAAGCUGUCAGCGGAGCUGCGAAGCGUGGACACCAUUCGUGACAAAAUGCUCCACCUUCCCCCGGGGAAUUUUUUAUUUUUAUUAAAACGCUCAUCAGAUGCAUCGGAGUUCUGUACUACAGAACCACAGACCCUUCUCCCCUUUUCCUGAACCUCACUUUGAGGGCGGGGGGAGCUGUGUUCUUUUCAAACUAUGGAUAAGGAAUCCCACUUUAAGGUGGUCAAAUCCAGAUUUUCCCCCAGCCACAUGUUUUGCAGGCACCCUCCCAUAGUCCUUCAGCUUUCACGAUGCUUCUCGUCUGCCUGGAUCGUAGAAUCAAACGAGUCGGAAGGGAACACGAGAGCCAUCUGGCCCAACUUCUUCACAAUGCUGGAAUCUUUUUCCCCCAAAAAAAUUUGUAUUCAUUUUCCAGAAAAAAUUUAAGACAAACAAACAAACAAACAUAGAUACUAAUUGUAAUUAAACCAAUCUUAAUAACAUUAUUAAGUGACUUCCUCAAAUCCCCCGGUUGAAUUUCAUUGUAUAUCAUUUUAACAGUUUUCCAAAAUCAAUCUUCUCAAAAAAUUAACUUUGUCACUUAGCAUCUUUCAGUCUUUCUAAUCUAGCUUUAAACAUCUUAUUUCCUAUCCUUACAUAUUUAAAUCCUAAGCCUAUGUAAUAUUUGCAAGCUUUUCCAAUUAAGUUAUCUUAACAUAUUUAGCUAAAUAGUCUUUAAAUUUUAUCCAUUCUUCCUGGUGCUGCUCCUCCUUCUGGUCGCGGACUCUUCCAUCAGGUCGGCUAGCUCCGAAAAAUCCAUCAUCUUCAUCUGCCAAUCUUCCACUGUUGGUACUUCUUCUGUUUUCUGCAAUGCAGGAAUCUUUUGCUCAAUGUCGGACUCGAACCCACGGCCCAGAGAUGAAGAGUCUCACACUCUACCAACUGCGAGCUCUCGGGACAGAAAGGUGUGUGUGUAGGAACACACAAAGGUUAAGAUCUCUGGUGCAGCCCCACCUGUUAGCAUUCCACUCCUCCGUUUCUGGUUGUGUGAUUGUUACUUCACAUGUCUGUGUUUACUUUCUAUAUAAACACACAAGACGUAACCAGCUGUCCUUUUGAUAAUAAAUCAACAGCAGCAACAAUUUAUUUUGAUAUGACGAUAAGAAAAUAUUAUUAUUAUUGGCUAAUUAAUGGAAUUGGAGUACAAAUUUCACUUCAGAAAUUGGCUCCUCCUCGCAAUUUCUUUUUUUUUAAUCAAAAAUUUUAUUGAUUUUGCAAAGUUUAUAAACAACUAACCAGCUGUACUUUUGAAUAAAUGAGGUACUGUGGUACCUCAGGUUACAUACGCUUCAGGUUACAUAUGCUUCAGGUUACAGACUCUGCUAACCCAGAAAUAGUGCUUCAGGUUAAGAACUUUGCUUCAGGAUGAGAACAGAAAUUGGGCUCCGGCGGCGCGGCAGCAGCAGGAGGCCCCAUUAGCUAAAGUGGUGCUUCAGCUUAAGAACAGUUUCAGGUUAAGAACGGACCUCCGGAACGAAUUAAGUACUUAACCUGAGGUACCACUGCAUAAUAUUCAUUGUGUCAAAUUGUAGAUUUCAAUGGAAGUCUCAUAAAGUUCAACGAAAAAAGCAGAAGACCCAGUGGAUCAGUUCAUUCUCUAGUCAGUUCAUUCAUAAGGUCCAUACAUGUAUAAAUAUCUAUUCCACCUGUCUGUUCAUAGAGUCCAAUAAUCCACAUGAAGGGUUGUUACAGUUCCACAGAGUCUAAGACAAGGAUUUCCGGAAUAUUAGCCUUGUUCAGCCACCCUAGGCUUCAUCAGUAGAACAGACUCACAUGUUAUAUUACAGGAUAGUGGAUCUUGCAACUAUAAGAUCCACCAUCCUGUAAAAUCCACAUAUGAGCUUGUUCUACUGCUGAAGCCUAGGAUGGCAAAACAAAGCUAAUAUUCCGGUGCUUUUCGACACCCAUGUAAGCAUCUCCUCUGCCAUGAGAAACUGGGAAUGUCCUAGUUACAUUGCAUUUUAUUCUUAAAGUAGCGCCUUAGGAGAUUCACAGCCGCCUUUUUGUAUUGUUUCCAAUGCUGACCUUGGGCCAGAACAGCCUGUCUGUUCACUGCGGGACUUCUUAAUCUUCCGUGGGCGGGGAGGGAAUGAGGAACCAUCUGAUCCUGCGUUGGUCUCAGUGACUGGUUUACGGCGAGUCUCUGGCAACUGCCCAGGAACCAGUGUUCGAUAGCUCUGUGCGCUGGGGACCCUCUGCUUUUAAAAAGGGAUUUUCAAAGCCUGCCGUGAAACGGAACCUGCAUUCUGCGAACUGUGUGCAUUAUUAUUGUUGUUGUUGUUGCUUGCUCAGUUUGCAUCCCGCCCUUAAACUGCGGAACUCACUGCCACAAGAGGCAGCGAUGGCCCCCCGCUUGAACCGCUUUAAAAGCAGCUAGGGUAAAUUCGCAAGGGACGAGAAAGCUCCAAACCAAAAUGGGCAUCUGGAGAACCGACCCGGGAGAUGUGUGGUUCAGAUGUGGGCAUUGAGGAAGGACUCGCGACGUUCAAAUUCGGAAUUUGCAUCUCUCCCUAUCUCAAGUGAUCUUUGCAAACGCCGCUUGCGAUUCAGGGCUCUGGGCCUGAAUAUUUGAAUGGGCUGAAGUUGCUAACCUGUGUGGAACGGGAGCACGAAAGAGGUGGGGGCCUUUUUCCGGGGGGGGUUCAUGUUUGGAUUUCAUGCUCCCUGCAUUCUCCUGGUCCCCAGUGAGUAAGCAUUCUUGUGAUAUGAGCUGUAACAAAACCCUGCUCGUGUGUGUGUGUGUGUGUGUGUGUGUGUUUAGGGGGUGCGGACCCAUAUUGCGGUGGAGGGGUGCCAGGUCUGACCAUCUGAUCAAGCUCCCUCAUCCUUUGAAAGCUGGUGGACUUCAUCAGUUACAAGAGACAGCUUGGGGGACGGGUUUUUCCUUUUAAUUAUUAAACAAAAAAACCCCAAGCAUCUGUCCGUCUCUGUCACUGGAUCCGGUUGCCCCAGUUCUUGGGGAUCUGAGCAGGUCCAGAGCGGGAGCUCUCUCAUCUGUGUUUCCAGGGGAGCGGAGGGAGGGGACAAAGUAUCUGACACCUUCUCCUUCCCUUUCUAAGGGACACGGUUGGCGCUGUGGGUUAAACCACAGAGCCUAGGGCUUGCCGAUCAGAAGGUCGGCGGUUCGAAUCCCCGCGAUGGAGUGAGCUCCCGUUGCUCAGUCCCUGCUCCUGCCAACCUAGCAGUUCGAAAGCACACCAGUGCAAGUAGAUAAAUAGGUACCGCUCCGGCGGGAAGGUAAACGGCGUUUCUGUGUGCUGCUCUGGUUCGCCAGAAGUGGCUCAGUCAUGCUGGCCACAUGACCCGGAAGCUGUACGCCGGCUCCCUCGGCCAAUAAAGUGAGAUGAGCACCGCAACCCCAGAGUCGGUCACGACUGGACCUAAUGGUCAGGGGUCCCUUUACCUUUACCUUCCCUUUCUGGGACAAGGAAGCCCCUAUUUGCAGGGGGAAGAUGUCAGACUCUUCCAUCACGCCGUGGGUUGCCUCCAGCGCUAGCCUUGCUCAGAUUAAAAGGUGGAGACAUACCGUAUUUUUUGCUCCAUAAGACACAUCUGACCAUAAGACGCACCUAGUUUUUAGAGGAGGAAAACAGGGGGGAAAUAUUCUGAAUCAAAUGUUGUACUAAACUAUUUAAUAAACUACCGGUAUAUCAGAAUGAGAGUGAGGGACAGGAGUUGUAUGUUUCUUUAGUGUGCGCGCUCAAGGAGCGAUGAGCGGGGAGGCAGCACGCCCCUGGACGGACCUGACACAGGAACCCCAGCAGCCUCCUCUUGUGUAAGCGGCUCAUCUCCCGCUUUGCUGCUUUAAAGCGAGCCACGGAGGAGGGAAGGGGAGCCAUGGAUCCUCCGCUCGCGACUGCAGUGGGAUCCCGCUGCCGUCCAUAGGCAUUCACUCCCUAAGACGCACAGACAUUUCCCCCUACUUUUUAGGAGGAAAAAAGUGCAUCUUAUGGAGCGAAAAAUACGGUAGCUGCGAUGCUGGGAAACUGGGGGAGGCAAGAGGGCAAGGCGGGGAGCGCAGACUGGACACACACACUCUGCAUUUUUAGCCAGUUCGGGCUGCAACUCAGGGGCAAAGCACCUGCUUGGCACACCUGGAGACCCCAAAUUCAGUCCCCAGGGGCAUAGGAUCCUGGAGUUGAAAGGGACAUCGGGGGGGUCAUCUAGCCCAACCCGCUGCGAUGCAUCUCCAGGUCAGGCUAGGCAAGCCCCCCACCUGAAGCGUAGUCAAUACUGAGAUAGACGGACCCAAUGGUCCCAUAUAAGAGUGGCUGGGGAAACCCAGCCAGAUGGGCAGGUUGUUGUUGUUGUUAUCGUUGUUGUUGUUAUGGCAGCUUUUUGUGUUCCUGUUUUGGGUGGGAGGGAUCCCACAGCUAAUUCUCCCCUGGUCUCCUCGCUGGCCCAAAUAGGACUAAUUUAGCCAGCUGGCCCUGGUGAUCAUCUAAUAUUUAUUGGAUGGAUUUCCCCCCCCAAAUUGAUUUUUGAAUUCUGAAUUUAUUGUUAUUCACGUUUUAUACUGUAUUUUAUGCUGUUUUUUGUUGCAUCAAUUAAGUGUUUUGUUGUUAGCCGUCCUGAGCCUGGUUUUCUGAACCAGGAAGAGCGGGGUAUAAAUAAAAAUUUAUUAUUUUUAUUAUUAUUUGUCUGUGUGAACUUCUGACCACUUGCCGAUCACUUUGCUGUUUCCAAAUAUCUCCGCUUCACAGCUCUCCCCGUUUCCUGGAAGCCUUUCUGCUUCCUCUUACCUACGCAAAUGCUCUCACCCCCUGCUCCUUUCACAUCCUGUUUUGAUCAUACUGUUGUAGAGUUGUAAGGGACCCUGGGGGUCAUCCAGUCCACCCCGCUGCUAUGCAGGAAUCUCAACUAACGUAUCCAAUGCGUCACCUGCAAAAUAUACCCAGUUUGCCAAACUAAGUUGAAACGACCGGAUGUAAACUCAAAAGCAACACUAGUUUCUUUCCCCCAAAAUAAUCUUCACUUUCUCCAGAAGCUGGGAUGCACAUUCGUUUGCCUGUAUAACAACUAAGCCUUGGUUUAUCAAGCGAUGAUUUGUCAAACCGUGGUUGGCUUGAUUGGCCAAAUCCUACCCAGUGGCUUAACAGUGGUUUGUUUAACUGGCAGCAAGCCGCCACCUGAAACCAUGGUUUGCUGUUGGCCUACAAAACCUUGGUUUGCUUUAUUGAUUCAUGAGAUACGGCCCUUCAGUAUACGAUCUCAGGGCAGUUCACAAGGUAAGAAUCCCAGGCAAAAGCACAAAUAAAUAGUUAAAACAAAAACAACCAAACAAUACCCCCCAAACACAAUUAUAAUAUUAAUCAGCCAAAGGUUUGUUUGUACGGCUUGGUGUUUCGUAUAACCCUGACACUCUUCACUGUGGUUUGUUUGAACACCCUGUUUCUGACACCUGCCAAGCUUUCCAAGGGUUUUGUCUUUAGAAAAACAAACCAUGGUGUGCUUGAUCAUCUGUGGAAUUGCUCUCCGUUAGCUUGCUGUUUCUUGAGCAAACCACGGUUUAUCAUUGCGGGUCAGACAAUGGUCUCCCCGCUUAAUGGGAGUUGGGCAGGCUAGUCUGGCCCCAAAGGUAUUCUGGGCCCCAAAAGCCAUUUCAGGCAGGCUUCCUCCACCUGGUACCCUUUGGGCCAGGGUUUCCCCAAGACUACAACUCCCAUCAUCCAUAGCAAGCAGGAAUAGUGGAUGAUGGGAUUUGUAGUCCAAAAGCAGCUGGAGACCCAAGUUUUGUGAAACCCUGAUCUAGACGUUGCUGGACUCCAACUGAACUCUUCCUUCCGGAUUUUUCGGUCCUUAAGACGUUAAAAUUAGCGCUCUGAAUUGCCUCCAGAAACGACUCUCUCUCUUCCUCUCUCUGUCACAGGCCUCAAGACAUCAUUGUGUUCAUGAUUGGAGGAGCCACGUACGAGGAGGCGCUGACCGUUUACAACUUGAACCGCACCACCCCUGGGGUCCGGAUUGUGCUGGGCGGGACCACCAUCCACAACACAAAGAGGUGAGCAGUACCCCGAGCCCCCCCCCCCAGGUGGGCAGCAGUUCCUGGCGGGUGACGGGCACACGGCAUUCAACUGGGUCUUGCUCGGAGUAGACCUAUGGAAAUGAAUGGGCCUCGCUUAGUCCUGCCCAUUUUCUUCAGCUAACAGCCUUACACACCAUCGCGGCACUGAGAAGGCCAACUUUGUUUCUUGCUCUUCAGAUAAUAAAUAAUAAUAAUAAUUAAUAAUAAUAAUAAUAAUAAUAAUUUUUUAUUUAUUCCCUGCCCUUCCCCGUGCAAAAACUCAAGGCGGCUAACAACAAAUUUAAAACACUUAAUUAUAAAAAGCAGCAUAAAAUACAGUAUAAAAACAUGAAUAACAAUAAAAUUCAAAAAUCAAUUCAGGGGAAUCCCCAGGGCUAGCUGGCUGAAUUGGUCCUACAUGGGCCAGGGGGGAGGCCAGGGGAGAAUUAGCUGUGGGGUCUCAGAGCGGGUGAUAUUCAUAAAAGGGGAGGGAAGGGAAAUAAAAGAUCAGGCUGAAUUCAAAUUAAAGGCCAGGCGGAAUAGCUCUGACUUACAGGCCCGACGGAAGGAGGUUAAAUCCUGAAGGGCCCUAGUCUCAUGGGACAGAGCAUUCCACCAAGUCGGGGCCAUCACUGAAAAGGCCCUGGCCCUGGUGGAGGAUAGUCUGACUUCCUUAGGGCCCGGGACCUCUAAACUAUGAUUAUUCAUGGACCUUAAGGUCCUCUGCGGGGCAGACCAGGAGAGGCGGUCCCAUAGAUACGAGGGCCCUAAGCCACAAAUAAGAAGCUGAGCUGCCUACCGGGGUGGGGGCAGGAGAGGCAGCAAGAGUUUUCCUCUCAAGCGAGACUCCCAUUGCAGAGACCGCCCUCUGACCGGACCCCAGACUUAAACAUCUCCCCGAAAGUGGGUUACAAAGGCAAGUCUGUAUUAACACACAUUUUGCUUUGAAAAUCCUGAUGAAAUUAGCUGGGGUGCCCCUCCACCCAUCAUCUCCAGAUCUUUUAUUCUCUCCCCCCCCCCCACUCCACAAAUUAUUGAGUUGACUUGUUUAGCCCGGGAGUAGUGGUUGGGGGUGCAGUCUAGAGCCCCCGCCCCAGAAAUGGUCAGACUUCUGCUCCCAGCAGACAGCAAUGGACAGCAGACAGGAAGGAGGAUGGGAAUCGAGAGACUGACGACCUCCAGACCCUGCGCCCCACCUCCCAGUUUGGAAAGGUCAGGCAAGAUGGGACCCAUGGUUUGACCCCACGGGAGGCAGCUACCUGUGUUUCCAAAUCGUCCCGAGACCCAUAGAGCCGAGUAUCCAUAAUGCUAAUAUACAAACCGAUGGUUUCGGCCGUGCAUGGAAUACCGUGUGCCGUUCUGGUCGCCCCACCUGAAAAGGGAGAUCGAAAAGCUGGGAGAAAGGGAACCCGAACGAUCGAGGAGAGGGAGCCACGCUCCUGCAAGGAGAGAUGGCAGCGUUUGGGGCUUUUCAGUUUGGAGAAAAGGCGAGGAAGAUUUGACAAGAUAUAAGCCGUUUAUAAAAUGAUGCAGGGCAUAGAGAAAGCGAAGGGAGAAAGGGCUUUUUGUUUCCUUUUUGCUAAAACCAGAACUUGCGGGGACGCAGUGAAGCUGAAUGUUGGGAGAUUCAGGAUACAUAAAAGGAAGUCCUCCUUCCUGAAACAGAGUUAAACUGUGGAACUCCUUGCCACAGGAGGCAUAAACUUGAAUGGCUUUUUAAAAAAGGAUUGGGCAAAUUCAUGGAGGAGGAGAAGGCUACUAGCCACAAUAACUGUACUCUGCCUCCACAGUUAUGCUCAGAGGAGACCUGCUGGAGCAAGUGGCCCAAGUCAUGUCCAUUAAUGUCAGUGGGACUACUCUUGAGUAGGACUAGCAACAGAGUCAAGACUAUCCCAUUUAAGCUAAAGGAAAAACCAGGGAGGUUUUCUUAUUUGUAUACAAAUGAAGUACUGCAGGAAAAUGACUGUAAGGAGAAAAUUGGGGGAGGGGGUUAAAAUGUCAGGAGAGGGACCCGUCUAUUAAAUCCCACAGAUAUUUCACUAUAAUGGACUUUGAGCACGCCCAAGCAAUUUGCAAAUAUUUUAUGCAAAGCAAUGGAUAAAUAAGACUAAGAUCCCCAACCAUAAACUACGCUCCCCGUGAGAGUGAGCAAUAGAGAUGAUCAACGGCUGCAAGGGAAAUUUUAUUAAGAAAACGAGUCACUGGGUUUUUUUUAUAACAUACAGAUUCCAGGGUAUCUAAAUGUACUUAGUUCUGUACAGAGCCUUGCACCUGUAGAACUCAGCAAAGAGGAGGAGGAGGAGGAAAAUGGGGGCAAAUCUAGAAUGAGUUGGCUCCACCUCUCGUUGACACUGACUCCUCCUCUCGUUGGCUCUAGCUCCCCCCCUCGUCGCCUCUGGCUUCUCCUCUCAUUGCCUCUAGCUCCCCCCCUCGUCGCCUCUGGCUUCUCCUCUCAUUGCCUCUGGCUCCUCCUCUCGUUGGCUCUGGCUCCGCCUCUCAUUGCCUCUGGCUCCACCUCUCGUUGCCUGUGGCUCAGCCUCUCAUUGCCUGUGGCUCCUCUUCUCGUUGCCUGUGGCUCCACCUCUCAUUGCCUCUGGCUCCUCUCAUUGCCUCUGGCUCCUCCUCUCAUUGCCUCUGGCUCCUCUUCUCGUUGGCUCUGGCUCUGCCUCUCGUUGCCUCUGGCUCCGUCGCUCAUUGCCUGUGGCUCAGCCUUUCAUUGCCUGUGGCUCCUCUUCUUGUUGCCUUUGGCUCCUCCUCUUGUUGCCUUUGGCUCCUCCUCUUGUUGCCUUUGGCUCCUCCUCUUGUUGCCUUUGGCUCCUCCUCUCGUUGCCUUUGGCUCUGCUUCUCGUUGCCUCUGGCUCCCCCCCUCGUUGCCUCUGGCUCCCCCCCUCGUUGCCUCUGGGUCCCCCCCUCGUUGCCUCUGGGUCCGCCCCUCGUUGCCUCUGGCUCCUCCUCUCGUUGGCUCUGGCUCCGCCCCUCGUUGCCUCUGGCUUCCCCCCUCGUUGCCUCUGGCUCCGCCUCUCAUUGCCUGUGGCUCCGCCUCUCAUUGCCUGUGGCUCAGCCUCUCAUUGCCUGUAGCUCCGCCUUUCAUUGCCUGUGGCGGCUCCUCUUGUUGCCUUCGGCUCCGCCUCUCGUUGCCUCUGGUUCCCCCCCUCAUUGCCUCUGGCUCCGCCUCUCGUUGCCUGUAGCUCCGCCUUUCAUUGCCUUUGGCUCCUCCUCUCGUUGCCUUUGGCUCCGCCUCUCGUUUCCUCUGGCUCCACCUCUCGUUGCCUCUGGCUCCGCCUCUCAUUGCCUGUAGCUCCGCCUUUCAUUGCCUGUGGCUCCUCCUCUUGUUGCCUUUGGCUCCUCCUCUCAUUGCCUGUGGCUCCGCCUCUCAUUGCCUGUGGCUCCGCCUCUCGUUGCCUCUGGCUCCUCCUCUCGUUUUAUUUAUUUAUUUAUUUACGGCUAUUAGCCCAUAAAGUAUGUACAAACAUAAAAGCACAGAGGCAUAAAGACUAAUAUAUUCGGCACCAGAAGGUGAACACCAUGAUGCAGGGGUGGGUCAUUGAGCAGAGCCAGAUAACAGCUUGGGGCCCGGAGAGCUCCAAGGGACGGAUCCCAGAAAAGGAGAACUGAAGACGGGAUCCGACAUGCACUCUCUUCAAAACUGUCCGAUUAGUUUUUGAUGUUGUUGUUUUUGGUGGUUUUUGUGUGUGAGAUAACUGCAUUCAGGAAUCUCGCCACCUGCAGAGUUACAGAAGGAUCUGUAUCCUGCAAAAGUAGUGCGGCAUGUGACUCAGCAGGCCUGCCAACCAAGCGCAGUAAAGCAGGGCCCAGGAAUUUAGUCCUGGCUAUGCUAUGUAGGGGACAGUUGAACAUUAUAUGUGAGAGAGAAUCAACAGUUUUCCCGUCACACACGCAUAGCGGAGACACCAAACCCUUGGAAAAUCUGUGGCUCAGCAGGUUCGAUGGAAAGACAUUGAACCUUGCACGAAUAAAUGCAUGUCGGUGUGGUACAGAUGAAAGAGAUGACAUGUAUGAUGGAAGGCCAAGUGGUGAGGUUAUUCCGUGAUACCUGGGGGAGCAGACACCCUCACCCCGGCGAGGUUGUGUUGAUUUUCAAUGUCUGCUAAUCUCUGCUCAAUAAGUCUUUUGGCUGAGCGUAAGUUCAUCUUUAAGGAGUCCGCUGGGGAAAUUCCGAUGCUCAGAAGUUUGGCAUGGAUUUUUCCUACCCAUGGAUUGACAAAGUCGUCCCGCCAGAGGCACUGAAAAGGUAAUGGUUGGGAAGCCUGUGCCAGCUGGACAGCCAAUAACCAAAGACUCGCUUCCAGAUGACCGUCUCCAAUGAUGCAAUCCUUAACUCCAGACGUAUGGCUGCGUUGCUCACACACAUGGGGAGUUUCAGGAGGCGACGGAGAAACUGAUUCUGCAAUGUCCCCAACGAUGUUAAAUUGGACCCUGGGGCCCAGAGCGGGGCAGCAUAACAGAGGGUGGAAACCACUUUUGCAUGGUACACCUUCAAUGCAGAAGGGAUGUGGGAGGCUCCGUCGGCCGCAAAAAAUUGGAGUAGAGUAUAAAGUAUUGUUUUCCCUUUGUUUAGUAAAUACUGUAUCUGUGGCUUCCAGCUUAGGUUGUAGUGAAAAAAGACUCCCAGGUAUUUAAAUUUGAAAACUUGUUCUAAUUGGACUCCAUCUAACUUCCAGCUGUAAGUUUUCCGAGACCUGGUAAAGACCAGGACUUUAGAUUUCCCAUGAUUAAUUGUCAGAUGGUUGAGUUUGCAAUAAGCCGCAAAAAUCUUUAGAGCUCUGCAUAAACCGACUCUAGAGUAGGAAAGGAUCGCUGCAUCGUCGGCAUAUAAGAGCAGAGGGCAGCGAAAAUCAGCUAGGCGGGGGCAUGAAUGUUGGCUUGAGACUCAUUCAGAAAGAGCUUCAUAUCGCUAAUAAACAAGUUGAAGAGGAGUGGGGCCAAAAUGCAACCUUGGCGCACACCUCUAUUUAUUGGGACCUCGUUGGAUAGGUUUCCCGCCGGUGUGAGUCUCACUCUAGCCGACGACCCAUGGUGUAAUUGGGUUAUAAGCCAUAACAGCCUUCUAUCUAUGCCCCAUCUCUCUAAUUUCUUCCAUAGACAGUUUCUUGGGAUACUGUCGAAGGCGGCCUUUAGGUCUAUGAAAGCGACACAUAGGCGCCCCCGACUCGGGGCAGAAUAUUUUCUGGCAAGAUGAUACAUGAUUACCAUAUGGUCAGUGGUCGAAUAAUUGUUCCUAAAGCCCGCUUGCUCGUGGCCAAUCAAAUUUGAGUCGUUUGCCCAAUUGGACAGCUUGGACAGCAAAAAUUUUGCAUAGAUUUUCCCGAUGAUAGACAAAAGGCUGAUGUUCCGAUAGUUCUCCGGGUCAGCAGGGGGACCCUUUUUAUGGACUGGCACGAUCACGGCCUCCUUCCAUGACCUAGGGAUAAGCCCCGUAGAAUUAAUUGCAUCAAAGACUUUGGCCAGGAUUUCAGCCCACCACCUCGGUUGCGCAACAAUAGCCUCAGCAGGGACUAGAUCCAGCCCGGGGGCUUUGCCCGUUUUCAGAUCUAAUAUCAAGUCCAUUAUCAGGUCUGGGUCGGUAGAGGGCCACAAAGGUAGAUGGUCGGCUCGGAAUUCAGUGGAUGAGUUGGAUUCCUCUGCCAAGGAGAAAUAUUUGCUCAAGAAUUGUUCCCAUGUGGGCGCAGGGAUAAUCGUCAGUGGGUACUUCCUUCCUCUUUUGUUUAUCAAAGCCCAAAAUUCCUGUGGUCUGCGGGAUCUAGAGGCCGCAAUCAAGGCUCGCCAACGCUUUAGAUACCACUCACGUUUGGCCAGCUUUAAAGUCUGUUUGUAUGCUCUUUUGGCUUGUAAAUAGGAGGAUGGUAGAGCCUGGGCAUUAGAGUUUUUGUAUUCAUUAUAGAUGGAACGAAGAAGGGAUCUUGCUUGUUUGCAAGAGGUAUUAAACCAAGGGGCCCCAGCACUGCAAUGCGCUACUUUCGCCUUUUGAGGAGGUAAUGUAAAAAAGUGGUAAGGUUUGUUGUAAGAAGGUUAAAAAAUUUCAAAACCGAAUUGGAAUCUUGUAAAUCAGUAGCUAUUUGAGGUAGAUAGGCAGUGAUUUCCCUAUGGAAAAAAUCCUGGUAUUUUUGGGCCACAGCCUCCGACCAUUUGAUCCCACUUAUUUUGGUCGCUGAUGAGGUUUCCAGAGGGACUGAGUGUUUAUAGUCCUUCUGGUACCGGAACAAUGACAAAGUGGUCACUAUUGGGAGGUGAUCACUGAAAUGUUGGUUUUCAACCUGGAAGGAAAGUACAUUGACGGCCAAAUUUGCGGAGAUCAAGAGGUAAUCGAUAACACUGUUAGAUGCUGGUCCCAGGUGAGUGAACUCCCCGGUAUAUCGGGGGAAGGUGCCGUUCAAGAAUACUAGAUUCAGGCGAAUGGCCAUUUGGUAAAGGGUCACUCCAGCUUUGUUUACUCUGUUGUCCUUUGAAGUUCUAAUUCUAGCAUGUUCCAAGUCAAAGUUGCCCAAACAUGGGGAGUCCACCAUUUGGACUUGAUUAGUAGGUCCCAAUUUGUGGCAAUUCGAGCAUUAAAGUCUCCCCCAAUUAAGGAGUACGAGUUAGGGCAUUUGGUAUGACAUGACAAUAGGUGAUUUUCAAAUGAUUCCCAUCUCCAAUCAAGAUCAGGUGCUGAGCCUUCGGGGGAGAUAACCAUUAGUAAUUAGUAAUGAGGACUUCCCUUCUGCGAUCAGUCCAGAAAGAGCAAAAGGCGGGAAGCCCGUACCAGGGUGAAUUUGGCGCGAAGUUGGAGUGAGAUCCCAAUCAAAAGACCCCCUUUGGGGCGACCACCUUUCAAGGAAGGGGAGGCCGGAAGUGUUAGAAGAUCAAAACCGUCUAUGGUAAUCUCUUCCUCAUCCCAUGUUUCUUGGAAUAGGAUGAUGUUAAAUGAAUUUAUGUACUUCCUGAAUUCGGGGUCUGAUUUUUGGUUCUCCAACCAGCAAUGUUCCAGCUAAGUAUUGAUAAUGUCGGGUCCUUGUGCUGUCCCGGUAAUUGUCACUUUGAGUUGUUUAAUGGGUUCUUGGAGGUAGAGCGAGGACCCAUAAGGAAAUCAGUAAUUUUAGUUUGUGCGGAUAAAGUCUUCUUCUGUGUUGAUUGAAUCCGUGAUUUGGUAACAUUAACAGGCAGGAAGGGCUUUGCCGGGGAGGAAGAAUUAGGCAAAGUUGGUGAGGUCGGAUGCUGUUCAUUGAGGUGAGUAGUAGCAAGUCUUUGAUGGGCUAUACUAGUAGAUCCAUCAGAGUUAUCAGUCUUAACCAGGGUAGCACUAGGAGGUGUUCCAGUCAUCACUUGUAGUUGCUGCGCAGCUGGAGAAGAAUUAUCACGCAGAUGUAUAGAAGGACGUGAACGCGGAGAUGGUACAUGCAUAGUCAUUUCCUGGUGAUCUUCAGACAGGGUAGAUUCUAGCUCAGGCAUUGAGGCAAAGGAAUCGUCAACUUCCAUAUUUUGAUUGGACAUAAGGUCUAAGACGGGAGUAUUGAGUUUAUCAACUUCCUCCACGGUAGAAUGGUGCUGUUGGAGCUGUUGGUCAACAGGUGAUUGCUGAUUCAGAUCAGUAGGGGGUAACAAAGUAGCAGGUUGAGAGAUUAUCAGGGCAUUUGAUGGAGACGCCUUGUGGGACGUGGAGUGCCUGCUCUCCUCUCUCAUCGGCAUAGAGGGGUCCCCUUGCGAUAGGAGUCUUUGUUUGAGUAGAUCCAAUCUAUCGAGAAUAGCCUGCUGUUCUUCUGAAGGGAGUUUUCCAUAGGAGAAGAUAAGAUUUCUCUCUUCAGGGAUAUUCCAAUCUCCGCUUGCAAUUGGAUCAUUCCUCAGUGUAGCUAGAUGGGCACUUGAGGUCGCAGAUGGAGCAGGGGGUACCCAGCUAGGUGUUUUCCCCUUUAUUAUAGGAACAGAAGGAGGAAACGAGCGUUCAUUGCCGGUUAAGAUGUUGGCAAAAAGAGGUUUAACACUCGUGUCCUUAAAGACUCUUGUUGUUACAAUCUCCCAGGGUGCCAGCCGAUCUUUCUCUCUUGCAAGGAGAUGUGGGAUCCUUGCAGACUGGAAGGAGAGCAUAAAUUUCCUUGGCCAGGGCGUGGCAAUUAGGGGUACUACAGAUAUAAGAUCUAUCUGGAAAAAGGAAUAUUUAACAAAUCACGUAGGUACCCUUUAGCCAUCCUCAGGUUAUUCCACCUAAGUCUGGGGGCGUCACGGGAAAAAAUGGCUAGACAUAUUUUAUUAGGUUGAAAAAUCAAGGAUUGCCUAUUCCUUUGGGGCAGUGGCGGCCUGCAUCUUGAGCUCUUAAGGUGAAAUUUCUGGUCAGGUUGUCUCUUUAAGGCACUUACAAGCUGCACAGGAGAUUGAUGCAAAUUAGAUAGCUCAGUUGAGGAAGGUAGAUGAGCCAGAAGGGCCCGUGAAAGUUUAUUCAAUGUCAAAGAAAUCCCCUCCAAUUCCUUGAAAAUGAAGCUUAAAGUCCUGAUUACCAGUUGUAUUUGAUCAGGUACUAAUUCAUGGGCAGUUUGCCCUAAUGCGUCCCGUUUCAAUGACGGAGGUGUAAUUAGGGUAUCAGGGAGGAGGGCUUCCCUAUGGCUUCCGUCCCCGCUGGAUCAGCUAGCUUUUCCGGCUCUCCUUGAUCAUACAGAGGCCAAAAGCGGUUGUAUGUUUCGACCGCAGAAACAAUUACUUGCUCUGUUUUGCUGUUAUUGUUAGUAGAUGGUGGGGAGAUUCAAGCUUCGACUGCUUUACUCUUGGAGGUGAGCAACCUUUCUCAGCAGAUCUUGGUCGCUUGCCAUGACCCAUUUGUCGCUGUCUCACUAACUACGGAGGUUCAAAGUAGAGAUAAACGGAGAUAAAGAGAGAACUUAUCUUUUAUGGGCGCAACUCCUCUGCUACUCCUCCUCCUCCACUUCUCAACAUAGCCCAGUCUUCAAGGCGGCGUUACUAAUCAGCGACAGGCUUUCUCAGCAGAGGGUUUGAAUAUCCUUGUUGAUACGUAUAUUGGCACCAACAGGCCAACCGUAGAAGUAAAACGAUUAAAAACUUCUAACAGAAGUAAAAUAAUUUAAAAGUCUAAUAAAACAACUAUAAAAACGGCAGUAAAAAGCUAUAAAAGGCUAUAAAAGGUUUGUAAUCCGGAGGGUUCACGAAGGAGAAGUUGUUACAGCCGCCAUCUUAAUCUCAAGGCGCCAUCUUAAUCUCUCGUUGCCUUUGGCUCCGCCUCUCGUUGCCUUUGGCUCCUCUUCUCGUUGCCUCUGGCUCCUCUUCUUGUUGCCUUUGGCUCCUCCUCUCGUUGCCUCUGGCUCCUCCUCUCGUUGCCUUUGGCUCCUCCUCUCGUUGCCUCUGGCUCCUCCUCUCUUUGCCUCUGGCUCCUCCUCUCAUUGCCUUUGGCUCCGCCUCUCGUUGCCUCUGGCUCUGGCUCCGCCUCUCGUUGGCUCUGGCUCCGCCUCUCAUUGCCUCUGGCUCAGUCUCUCAUUGCCUGUGGCUCAGCCUCUCAUUGCCUGUGGCUCCGCCUUUCGUUGCCUGUGGCUCCUCCUCUUGUUGCCUGUGGCUCCUCCUCUCGUUGCCUUUGGCUCCACCUCUCGUAGCCUGUGGCUCCUCCUCUCGUUGCCUCUGGCUCCGCCUCUCAUUGCCUCUGGCUCAGUCUCUCAUUGCCUCUGGCUCAGUCUCUCAUUGCCUGUAGCUCCGCCUUUCCUUGCCUUUGGCUCCUCCUCUCGUUGCCUCUGGCUCCUCCUCUCGUUGGCUCUGGCUCCGCCUCUCAUUGCCUGUGGCUCCGCCUCUCAUUGCCUGUGGCUCAGCCUCUUGUUGCCUUUGGCUCCUCCUCUCGUUGCCUUUGGCUCCACCUCUCGUAGCCUGUGGCUCCUCCUCUCGUUGCCUCUGGCUCCGCCUCUCAUUGCCUCUGGCUCAGUCUCUCAUUGCCUAUAGCUCCGCCUUUCAUUGCCUCUGGCUCCUCCUCUUGUUGCCUUUGGCUCCUCCUCUCGUUGCCUUUGGCUCCGCCUCUCAUUGCCUCUGGCUCAGUCUCUCAUUGCCUGUAGCUCCGCCUUUCCUUGCCGGUGGCUCCUCCUCUCAUUGCCUCUGGCUCCGCCUCUCGUUGCCUCUGGCUCCACCUCUUGUUGCCUCUGGCUCCACCUCCUGUCGGGCUCCCUCCCUUCUGCCUCAUCAGUCCCACUGACUUGCCAGCCGCCGCUGCCCCUGCUCCCCACAUAACUUGCAGAGGGGAUGGGGGAGAAGGGCCACCCCCACCCACAUCUGCCCGCUUAAUGAUGGACUCACAUCGCGGAUUAGGUUCGUUUGGGGAGAAAAUGAACCCAUUUCUAAAGGGACCCCAUCUGGUUCUUUUCUGCAGCAUAAUGAGCAGUAAUGACAGGCAGGGUAUUAAUGGGAGAUUCUGUGAGCGUUUAAGAUAUAAUUACAGUCCUUCGCUUUCUCUCUCUUUCUCUCUCCCCCACCGGUCAUAUCUAAUUCUAUUUACUGCGCGAAUAUGACUCUCUUCUUGGAAGAUUCUCCUCUCCUCCCCACAGUUUUCUAGGGAAGGCACAGCUGUCUGCCUCCUUUUCGCCUGGCAGAAAGGGAUCUUGCGAGGGGCGCUUGUGCUGUUUUAUUUUAUUACCAUUAUACCCCACCUUUCAGGAUAUAAAUCCAGUUUUACAGAGGACAGCCUUCUCGCUGAAGGCGCCGUCUGCUUUAAAGCACAAUCAAACAUUGCUGUCUAAAUCAAAACAAUGAGGACUAGUGGCUUCCUCUUUUUUUAAAAAAGGGCAGAGCUGUAGCUCAGUGGCAGAACACCUGCUUGGCAUGCAGAAGGUCCCGGGUUCAAUCCCCAAUGGCAGACAUCUCCCUCCUUCAUGGGAGAUUUUUAAACAGAGCUUGGGCAGCCACCUGUCAGGGAUUAUUUGGCUGUGAUUCCUGCAUUGCAGCGGGUUGGACUGGAUGACCUUUGGGGUUCCCAUUCCAAUUCUACAAUUCCAUGAAUCCUUUUAUAGCUUCGAGGCUGGAGAGGAGGCCAGGCAAAUCUCCGAGAGAGGUCCUGUUUGCUUACUCUGUUUUCCCGUGUAGAGGAAGCUUCAGCCGUAGAGGGAGGGCGGUUUUUAGGGUGAGCCAGAGUCUGCAGCAACUAAUCUGGGGGUUGACCCACUUACCCAGUUAGAGGGAUAAAACCCGCUUCCUUUCCCAGCUAGCAAUCAUCCCCCCUUCUCCGGAGUGCCUUUUAAAUACCAAUUGACUAAAAACACCGACUGAUGGGUCCAGCAAUGGUGGACAAAAUACUUUGUGCUUCAUAUAGCAAUGUAUUUAUUUAAAUGCUUGUGUGUGUGUGUGUGUGUGUGUGUGUGUGUGUGUGUGUGUGUGCCCGUCCCCUGCUGAAUAUUGCAAACGAAUCUCUUAAGCAGCAUACAAUCUAGCAAACAAACAUACAGUGGACACUCGGGUUGCGAACGUGAUCCGUGUGGGAUGCACGUUCCCAACCCGCAGCAUUCACAACCCGCGUCUGCACACGCACAGGUUACGAUUCAGUGCUUCUGCGCAUGCGCAAAGCACGAUUUAGUGCUUCUGCGCAUGUGCGACCGCCGAAACCCGGAAGUAACCCGUUGCUUGUAUGUGAUGACAAUAAAAGGUUUGAUGAUGAUGAUGAUGAUAAAAUAAAUAACAGGGCAGAGUCCCUAGCUUCUGCAACAACACGAGAUAACUUGCAGACCGGGUGAUCUUUAAUUCUCCCCUACCCUGCAAGCCUCAACAGGUGAGUCUGUACUUUUUAGGAUCCAUUACAGGGUUGGGUGUGCAAAUAGACAUUUUCUGCGAGGCCUUUGUCCCCCUCCUUCUCCUCCUCCUUCCAUUGCAUCUUGCAGUGUCGCCUCUGCUGUUCAAUCCCUAACCGAUAUGCUGGUUGGGGGGUCAGAUCCAUCAGCCCGGUAGCGCUUGCAAGGGAUGAGUCAUUUUGGCAGAGAAUAACUCCGUGUAACCACACUGUUUCAGUAAGCAUCCGUGGAGGCACAUAUGUUAGCAGCUUCUGUUGCUGCUCUCUCUGUGUGUCUUUAUAUAUGUGUGUGUGUCUUUCUGUUUGUGUAUGCAUAGUUUCGCGACCUACAAGAGACAAGAUGGGCCCGCUUUCAGGUCUGAUUCUGCAGGGAUCUUCUUCUGCUCUGAUGGAACCUCCAGGGCCAGAGCAGUCUAACUCGAUUCUUAAUGUAUUUUUGGUCUUUGUUGGAAGCCGCCAGAGUGGCUGGGGAAACCUAGCCAGAUGGGCGGGGUACAAAUAAAUUAUUAUUAUUAUUAUUAUUAUUAUUAUUAUUAUUAGGCUCUCAGGGGUAUUUAGCCACUGGGAGAACAGGAGGCUGGACUGGAUGGGCUUCCUUUGGCCCGAUACCUCCAGAUUCAGAUACAGCCUAUCUAACACAAUCUAACACUGGUCCUGAAAUACCUACAUUGGCUCCCAGUACGUUUCUGUGCACAAUUCAAAGUGUUGGUGCUGACCUUGAAAGCCCUAAACGGUCUCGGCCCAGUAUACCUGAAGGAACAUCUCCAUCCCCAUCAUUCAGCCCGGACACUGAGGUCCAGCUCCGAGGGUCUUCUGGCGGUUCCCUCCCUGAGAGAAGUGAGGUUGCAGGGAACCAGGCAGAGGGCCUUCCCAGUGGUGGCACCCGCCCUGUGGAAUGUCCUUCCAUCAGAUGUCAAGGAGAUAAAUAACUACACAACUGACAUCCGAAGGCAGCCCUGUUCAGGGAAAUUUUUUUUAUAUGUGCUGGAAGUCUCCCAGAAUGGGUGGGAAAACACAGCCAAAUGGGUGGGGUUAAUAGAAGAAGAAGAAGAAGAAGAAGAAGAAGAAGAAGAAGAAGAAGUUAUUAAGGUUAUUUGGUAGACCAAGAGGCUUGGCUAGACAGACCCCUUUGGGCCUGAUCCACCUCUUUACACUCAGAAGCAAAUUUUGGAGGAGGAGGAGGGAGUAUGAUACAUGGCACUAAAUUCUUACUGGGGGUGGGAGCAAGUUAAGCCUGAACAGUUCAGGCCUCUCAACCCCAUAACCCGAGACCGUUCCUUGUCCAUCCUUAAUCAUUUGCCUACUUUUAAACCAAAAGCCCUUUCAGAAGAAGAUUGGAAACACUGAUUCUUCCUUAAGCACAAAAUGUGGAUUUUUAAAAGCCUCUGAUGGGCAUGGAAAGCUUCGGAUAUGCCGUGAUUCCUAGCCCGCCCUAGAGGAGACUGUUGUUGCUUCGGCGCAAGGAGGUCAGCCUGUUUGGGCACCACUGCGGACAGAAGCGCAUCUUGAAUUGCUGGCGUCCAGGUUGUGUGAAACGGCACCGCAGCCCCUUUUCAAGGCCAAAUUCCUUCUGGCGCCACGAGCCUGUCCUGGGCGCUGGGCGUCAGUGAAAAAGCCGGCUGUUUUCCUCCUGCCCCUGGUCAAGCGUCCGAGGCUUGUUGUGACAGGCCGGAGGCCAGACGAGCGCGGGGGCUUUCCUUCUCCUGGGGCCAAAGGUUGUGGCCCCUGCGUCAUCUCGUGACGCAUCUCAGGCACGCGAGGACUUUUCCCGACCAGCUCAGUGGAAACGGGAGAGCAAAAGGCGUUUCCUGGCUUUGUGACUGAGAGAGAAGGUGAGUCGGAAGAGGAUGCCUGGCCUGUGCGUGGCAGCCCUGGAAAAGGCAAAUCCCAGGACAGAAAAGGAAGUUGAAAUAAAAAGAUGUUAGAUUAUUUUUUGUAUGCCACUACAGCAGGAAGACUGCUAUUAGCUAGUAAUUGGAAAUCUCAAGAAAUACCAAUGGUAGAAAAAUGGCAGAGACAUCACCUUGCCAACAAAGGUCCGUAUAGUUAAAGCUCUGGUUUUCCCAGUAGUGAUGUAUGGAAGUGAGAGCUGGACCAUAAAGAAGGCUGAUCGCCGAAGAAUGGAUGCUUUUGAAUUCUGGUGCUAGAGGAGACUCUUGAGAGUCCCAUGGACUGCAAGAAGAUCUAACCUCUCCAUUCUGAAGGAAAUCAGCCCUGAGUGCUCACUGGAAGGAUAGAUCCUGAAGCUGAGGCUCCAAGACUUUGGCCACCUCAUGAGAAGAGAAGACUCCCUGGAAAAGACCCUGAUGUUGGGAAAGAUGGAGGGCCCAAGGAGAAGGGGACGACAGAGGACGAGAUGGUGGGACAGUGUUCUCGAAGCUACCAGCAUGAGUCUGACCAAACUGUGGGAGGCAGUGGAAGACAGGAGUGCCUGGUGUGCUCUGGUCCAUGGGGUCACGAAGAGUCGGACACGACUAAACGACUAAACAACAACAAGAAAAAUGGCAGAUAAAGAUGUUGGAGUUCUUGGAGCUGGCCCACCUGACUGGAAGAAUCCACGAUCAGAAAGAAGAGGAGCAUCAAGAAGAUUGGAAGAAAUGUAAAGAUUAUCUAGCUAAAUAUUGUAAUAUAAGAUAAUUAGAAGGUACUUGAAAGUAUCAAAUAGGCCUAGGAUUAGAAUAAGAAUGUUGUAUAGCAAUAUGGAUUUAAGUCAAUAAGAAAAGAGAUGAAGAUAGUUAAUUGAAGGAGUAAAUUGUAGUAGAACGAUGAUUUUGGAGAACUGUUACAAGGUGAUACAAUGAAAUUCAGUUAGGGGGGAUUCGAGGAAGCCAGUUAAUGGAAUUUAAAAUGAAGGAAUAUGCGUUUUUAGUUUUGUUUUUUGUUUUUUGUUUUCUUUUGUUUUUUCUCUCUUAGUAUUGUAAUGUUCUAUGUUUUGUAUGUUAUAUCUGUUAAAAUCAAUUUUAAAAAUUUGAAAAUAAGAAGGAAAUGGAAAUAAAACUGCCAAUAUCAUUAAUGCCGUUAUCCAAAUCGGAGGCGCAACUUUUCAGUUUAGAGGAAAGGCGAGUCAAAGGGGACGUGACAGAUGUUUAUAAAACUAUGCAUGGUUUGGGGGAAGCGGACAGAGUAAAUUCCCCCUCUCCUAAUACUGGAACUCUAGCAAAGCGGAACAUUGGAUGGUUUCGGACAGAUUUUUAAAUAGCCCGUAGUUAAACUGUGGAACUCACUGCCACUGGAAUCCCUUGGAUCCCGCUUGCAGGUUUCACACUGGGGCAUCUGGGCGGCCCUUAGGAGAAAAAGAUGCUGGACUAGAUGGGCCCCCUUUGGCCUGAUCCUGCAGACCAGGCUCUUCCGAUGUUCCUAUGGAGCCUCCAGCUCCAGAGGCAGUCUAUCAAGAUCCUCAGUUUCUGGAGGGCCACUGUGAGAACAGGGUGGUGGACUAGAUGGGGCCGUUGGCCUGUUUUGGCGGGUUCUUCUUGUGAUUUUAGGAAACGCACCUUUUACGCUCGUAGGAUAGGGCGCCGGGAGAAACGACACUCCUUUUCACCAGAAGGGGAAAGUGUGAGUGUGUUGUGGGAGAAGCAGCAGCCUCGAUCCUGUGGUGUGUUUGAGUUCCCCCGGUAUUUCAGCGCCUUCUCCGUACGUGGGCAGCUCACAAAAACACAGCCAGCCGCUUUGCUGGGUGACAAGGAUUAAUUAAAUCGACGUGGGCUGCUCGGAGGAUGUGUCUUUCUGGAGAGAUGCUGAAGGGGGGGGGUUGGCGGGGGGGGUGGAGACACCACAGAGCAACCCGUGAGACCUUACAGAGUUGCUUCACUUCAGGGCGAUUCAGCCCUCCUCCAUCUCUCGGGGUGGCUGCCAAGCGAUUAUUAGAGAUUUAGGCGCUGUGGACUGAGACGUUUUGCUUGCCCAAAGAGGGAGGGGGGCAAGGUUGCUUCUCUCCCCCCCCCAAAAAAAGAGAGAGAAUGGAAGAAUCCGCGAUCAGAAAGAAGAGGAACACCAAGAAAUUUAAAGAUUACCGUAUUUUUCGCCCUAUAGGACGCACCGGCCCAUAGGACGCACCUAGUUUUUUGGGGGGGAAAUAAAGAAAAAAAUUUAUUCCCCCCCCCCAGCCGCGGCUUCAGCGCGCCCCGCGCUCCGGGCAGCAGGCUGCUAUCCGCAGCCUAGGGAGCCCUGCAGGAACUCCCGCGGGCUCCCCAGGCUUGCUGAUAACUUCCUGAAGCCUGGAGCUCUCCUGAAGCCUGGAGAGCGAGAGGGGUCGGUGCGCACUGACCCCUCUCGCUCUCCAAGCUUCAGCGAAAGCCUGCAUUCGCCCCAUAGGACGCACACAGAUUUCCCCUUCAUUUUUGGAGGGGGAAAAGUGCGUCCUAUAGGGUGAAAAAUACGGUAUUUAAUUAAAUAUUGUAAGAUAAAACAGUGAGAAGCUACUUGAACUUACCGAUUUGGCUUCGGAAUAGGACAUGAUUAAACUGUAAAACAUUAUGGGAGAAAUUAUGAAAAGAAGCUCAGAAAGUAAUUUGAAAAAGUAAAUUUUGUUAGAAAGAAGAGGUUGGAAAACUGUUCUUUCUUUUUCUUUUCUUUCUUUUUUUGUAUGUCAUAUCUGUUAUAAACUUGGAAAAUUAAUUUAAAAAAUUGGGGGGGAAAGAGAGAGAGAGAUAAGAUGCACAUCCAAGCUCAGCCAAGUUAUUCUGGCAUGGAGAAAACCCCGUGAGUUCCUGCAUCAGCAUCAUUUUUAAUUAGUAUACCGUCUUUCUAUCUUUCUAUCUUACAAUACUCAAGGCGGCUUACAAGCUGAAGAAACAAAAAAUGUACAUCUUAUAACAAUCUAAUGCAAUACAAAAACGUGAUAAUAAAACGUAAGUUCAAAAUAGACAGCCUUCAUCAAAAAAGUAACAUUCUACAAUCCUUAGAAUAGCAUAAAAUAAUGAUAUCAACAUAUAACAGAAUAUCAACAUAUAAACAUAUAUCAACAUAUAAACAGAAAUCCAGUUACGAUAAAUAAUAUCUAAACUAUAAUCAAUAAAACGGCAAGCCACAGUACAUAAAACAUUACAGAGCUGGGAAACCUUUCUGCUCUUUCUUGUUGACCACAAUCGCCAACUCAUUGGGACGCCUUCCUUUAACUCCCUGCCGCUGUUUCCCUCUUCUCUUCCCAGCUUCCUAGAAGAGGUCUCGGCUUCCGGUUUCCGCGGACGAGGCGCGGACAGCUCCCAGGGGCCGGCGAGGGCAGCGUCCAGGAGGCUGAACUGAUGACAUCUUUUACGUCAUUUCCGACUGACCGUCCGUUCUAGGCUACUCAGCAUCUGUUGCCCGUUGACACCCACAAACUCACCCACCUGGCGUUUGAAACUUCAGAAAAGCACUUUAGCAGACAAUACUUACCUGUUGCCGAAAAGUAUGGGGCAGGCACGCUCUCUCCUCACAAGACCAAACCAUGGGGUCCUUUUCCCCCCCAUCUCAAAAGACUUGAUCGAGAUCUUAAGGAGAAAGGAAAGGACCGUCCCUCUGUCACCUUCAUUCCCAUUCCAGCUCUCACAUUGCAUGAGAGUCGUUUGCCUCUUUUCCAAACUCAUUUACCUCCCCCCCCCCCCGCCGUGCCCUGGGAUAACCCACCUCCAGAGAAAAAUGGUCCCAAUAAAAGGAAGUUGCAAUUCUUCU